AUGGGAGGCCGACUAGCGUUCCUCAGAGAAGGCGGCAGGCACUGUGGGCGUGAGCGAGAGGUUGUUCUGCGUUCUUUUUUUUGCGCUGCGCAAACAAGCAUCUUCGCUCGAUGUCGACUGAGAGGAGAAACGCAUGCAAGGCGAUUGUGGCCAGAGGGAACGAGGAAGCGAACCGUCUGCUCCGUUCAGACACAGCAGUCUGCCGCCUCUUCUGAGACUCCCAUCACGUCUCCAUCCUUCCUUUUUCCUGUUUUGUCUCUCUCGUCUUCUGUCUCUUCUGUCUCUUCUGUUUCUUCUUUCGCUUCUUUCGCUUCUCUCUCUUCGUCCCUCUCUUGUUCAAGGAGUCUUUCUUCCCUGGCUUCUGCGCAUCGCCUCUCACGUCUUCGACCUUCCAGUCUUUCCUCCUCGGUUUCCGCCUCUGUUGCUGUCUCUUGUGUUUCCCCGCCGGCUUCGCCACCGUUUCGGUUCUCGGAGCGACGGUACUUCGGAGUCGGUGGGAGCUACGGCUACGACGCCUUCUUUCGGGGGGCGGCAGAAGUCCUCAAUGGAUCAAACAUACAGUUGCCGCAUUUGCCAGAAAAUGAAGAACAGAAGGAGGGGAAAGUUUAUCAGCUGCACUCCGUGCGUUUCCCCCCACAAGUCAGGCGCUUGGGAGCGAAUUAUUUCUUCCGGCGACAGCGUGCUGUCCCCCUCACCUACUACCAUCAUCUCGUGGAGGCGAAGCCUGCGAGUGAAGGCUCGGCGCCAGACGGUGUGCAUGCGCAGACAGGGCGAGGCCAGGCUCUCUGCUUCGUCGCUUCUGCAAAUCCUGGAUAUCUGCAGAGCAAAGAACUGGAAAACGCAGUUUUCGAGAGCACUCGGGGAUUUGCAUGCCAGCUGAUUCUCGAGGGCAGAGGUGUGAAGGCCUACUUCGAUCCAGAGUGGCCAAACCUGAUGGUCAGGCUUGGCGUCGGUGUGAAGCCUUUGGCUCUGAGGCGUCUCGCGGAGCAAUACGCGACACGAGCGAAGAUCUUCGUGGACAAACGAGGGCUGCUUCUCACCGUCCACGGCUACGACAAAUGCGCCGUCGGCACUUUGGCCAUGUCGCUCUUCAACCAUCUGCAAGCGAAUCCGUACACGAUGAAGGGUGCCCAUGUCGCAAUGCAUCCAAUCAAGAAGAAAGUGACAAGGAAGAAAAAGCCGAAACGUCCGAGACUUCUUACACAGAUCCUCCUCGAUUUCGGUUGUUUCUUGGUGGCCGACAAGAAAGUUGAAGCCGCUUCUUCGGCCAAAACAUUCUCGUGGGGAAAACCUUCUCCCUUCACUCGGCAACUUCCACACUCCGUGAGGAUUGUUAAGACUUCUCCGCAAGUUAGCGUCGAACAUCCUUGUACCGUUCUAACAACUUACACGCACAAAUGUCACUCUCCGUCCGAGUGUGCUGCGCCAUCGAAAAGAAGGUUGAGACCUCGAAAAGUUCCUGUGUUUCGCUGUCUCUGCUGCAAAAUGUCGACUUCUCUGUCGAGUAUCCGAGGCCUCUCGGCUACCCCGCCCGAGAGCGACAUGAACCAGCCGUCGUCUGGCGAGGCCGAAGCAGCUCCUUGCGAGAGGUCUCCGCCUGCGCAGGCGUUCGGGGAACAUCCCACAGUCGCAAACCACAUGAAUAAGGAUCAAGGAUCUGUCGAUCUUGGACUUCUGACGGGCACAGAGGACAAUACGUUGCCCCCUGUCCCGCCUGCGCCUCCGCCAGACUCUCCCGGCCAGGUUUCCCUGUCACAGGAGAUCCGUUCCGGAAACUCCCCUCCUCACCCAGACCUUGAAGCGCUCGGCGCAUUUCUCGCGGAGUACGCAUGCAAUCUGGACAGGGUAGCCGCGCUCGACGGCAGAGCCGACAAACCAGGAAGCCUCUUUGGCUGCGCUUUGCUGCCUCACGUCGAGGCCUCGACAGCUUUCGUGGUUUCUCCUGCAGCGUGGAGGCGCUUUUCGGAAUCUUCUCUGGACGUCACCACUUUCAGCAACUGGGGGGACUCCAGUGCACUGACGGAAACUCCUGCAUUCGACCGAAGGAAGUCUUCGCGACGAGACCGCCAGCACUGUGGCUUUCAGAAAGCCAGAGAAAGCAGCCGAGAAGCCGCGGGCAGCGACAGUCGCCACCCGCGACACCGGGGACAAGGAACUGGGGGGCCCCCGCAAGGAGAGACCGUCGGCGCUUCAGCGUCGCAAAGAGCAGUUGCCUGUCAAGCACUCGCGGACGCAAUGGCACUUCCCGCCUCUGCGUUUCUCGAUUUGCAUGGCCGGCAACCUUCGACCUUCUCGAUGGAAGAAGCUUCACCAGCAGCAGCUGUGUAUCCGCAUGACCUCGUUUCCCUCGCGAGUCUUCGCCAGGGCCUCUCGCGCGCAGUUCCGACGGCGAGGCCCGUGGGCAGAGUCCAAGACUGGACCAGCACUGGCACGACGCUGUGGGCUCGGCGCUUGCGGGCAGCUCUGGAUGCGUUUGUCCUCCUGCCUUCUUGGUACGGUGGAACGGAGAAUCGUCUCCUGCUCGAAGAAGCCGCCCUGCUCCUCGCCAAUACGGCGACAUGUGCCCUGCUGGAGGCCUACGCUAUCCACGCCUUGCAGCCGCGAGCUGGUGCGCCGAUUCCCCGCAUGCGCUCUGCGCCCAGCUCGUUGCCUUCGAAUUCCUCGGCCUGGUCUCGCCACUAUCCGUCUUCUCUCACAUCCGGUUUCUCUGCCUUCUUCACCGGGUCUCGACCUCGAAUGCCGGCCUCCUCGGAAGGGUCGCAACUCGCGUCUGGCACUGCUGAGACAUCUCUGUCACCUCCUCUCGACCGUCGCGCAGGUCCAGUCGCGCCCCGGCCUCGAAAUGCAUCUGCUUCCCUUCGUCUGUGGAGCCAGGCGCACUCGGGUUGUUCCCACUCCGUCGACUUCCACGGCGUCUUUCGAAGCGCUGCGUCGCCGCAGCCUCUGUCGUUGGACAGCUGCUUGCGCCAGUGGAACACCGACCUCUGCGCAAGGUCUGGAUUGGGUGCGUUCCCCGCGUUCCUCUUCGACAGCCGCCUGCCCCUGGGCGCGUUCUUCUCGUCUCUCUCUGCCGCACCCCUGUCCGCGCUGCCGCUGCUGCUUCUCGAGAGCCACGGAGGAAGUCUGGAGGCGGCAGGCGGCUCGCUCCCCGGCGCGUGGACCUCAGAGGCUUCAGCGGGGGCGCCGAGCCGAGCGCAUGCAGUCACAGACUGGGAGAGGCUCGGGGCCCCAGCGACCGCGCUGAACACCGGAUGGUUCACCAAUACAAAUCGGAGUGGGGGGAUGUGCCACCCUUCGCUUUUACGGAGUUUAGGAGCCGCGCGAUUGCGGAGUCUGGCUGCCUGGUCGACCGCGGAAUCCGAUGCUUUCUACCUCAGGUGCGUCUACAGUUUGAAGACCCUCGUGAAUUUGUACAUGCGCUUCCCGCCUCUCUUCUUCUUUCCGCGAGAGACACAGGGAGACCAGACUUGCCCGAAACGCGGGAGCGAAGACGCGUCCGCGGCAGGCGCAAACUCCGUACUUUCCGCCGACUGCCAGCAGCAAAGACUCUGGACCCUCCUGUUGAUUGUGUCUGGCGGCGCACCAGUUGCUGGAGACGGGGCACUUGGCAGUCACAGAGGCGAAGCGAGAGAAGAAGCGGAGGUGACAACUCGCGCUCGUGACGAGGAAGAGAGAGGGGAGUUCGAGGCUGGAUACGAGGCUGGCGGCGCGCCUUCGCAUGCUUCACUCGUCGGAAGCGAGUACGAGACAGACCGGUCUGAAACGAGGAAUGUGAGGCUUCAACAGACACCCUUCGAGGCCCGCGCCACGCUGCGCUUGGUUGCCGAGGCGCUUCUUUGCUCAGCUGUUCGGAAUGGCCGCGUCAGCGACAUUUUGGUGAUCAUCUUGUUCUGCCUCCGUGAGUCUCUCUGCGACAUGGCGAAGCAUUCGCCGUCAAUCCCUUCUUCUUUCUUGUCUGCUUCCUCUUCUUCUUCCUCUUCUUCUUCGUCUUCUUCAUCUGCUCCGUUAUCUCCGGCGCACAGGCGGAACGGCCGUGUCCGCCGCGGUGGGAAGCGCUGGGGUUCUCACCAGCUCGAGGAGUUUCAGCUCCUUUCGUUGUUCGACGAUCUAUCUUGGACGACGCCUGCGCCGUGCGAGAGAGAUGCGUCGCUGUCGGAGUCGCCUGCGCUUCGUCUCUCCAGUGACCUGCGGGUGGUCGAGUGCGUGGGUACAGGGUUACCUGAGUUCGGGUGCCUGUCGCGGGCGUCGUCCAGUGUCGACGCGGACUUGAUGCCUGCGGGGCUCGCGCCGGGGCCUCGACGGCCGAGCCGCGACCGCCCAGACGAGGCGAGCUACCACGGGACUCGUCGCGCUUCUGGCCAGUUCCACAUCGACCCUGAGAUCCUGCGAGAAGCCGACGCGACCGCCGCGAGAGCCGUGCCGGCGGCGCACCCGCCUGCCCCUGAGGCGGACGAAGGAGACGCUGCGGAAACUGAAGAGACAGAGGAGAGCGGGGCCUUGGUGGAGACGCUGGCGGGGGACGCGGGGCGGGGGGCGCGAGGCGGCGAAGGCGCCCGACAGAGACACGACCGCAGACGCAGACCUGCAGAGACGGGAGACACCAUCGACUUGUCGAUGAUGGAAGACGGCAUCGAAGGGAGUCCUGGUCACCGCGUCGCGUUUGAACGCGAUCCCACCGAGGGGUCCAGCGAGCUGCUGUCUGAAGGAGGGUCGUCCACGAGUUCGUCCACGCAGUUCCAGCCCACCUCAGUGUCUUCGGAUCUCGAGGAAGACGGCCGGCAGCAGAACGGGGAAACCACCAGUGAGGCCGCGCUUCGGACGCGAGGCUCCCGAAGAGGGAGUCGAAGAGACAGCAGUCGCUCUGGAGCCUCGCGGCGAGGUGGGGCUCUGCUUUCUUCGCGUUCGAAUUACCUUUGGGUGGAGGCAGAGAGCGGAUCAGGCCGGAUCCGCGACAGUGGCGAGAGCAGCGGCUCGACGGACGAGGCGAGUGACAGGUCGGAUAGCGUUGGGAGAAAUGCGCGUGACUGUCGGCUCCUUCCAGGCUCUGAACUUCACCGAAGGCCCUCACGCGAGACGCACAGCGACUCCGAGGACUGGGAGGACCCUCGAGGCCCAGAUCCCUUCGGUCGCAGACGCCCUCGACGAUGGCUCGCCCCAGCGGCCGCGAACCUUCUGUUCGUCAACGAGCAACGACGCGCGGGGGUCAGAGGCUUGGGGGGGAUCUCUGGAGGCGGCCGACGAGGCGAUGGCGUCGGUGGUGCUUUGACGCACGCGCCCGGGAGACACCGCGGGGAGUCUGCGGCGUUCAUGACGCCCGUCGGCGUGAGUGUCCGCAGCAGUCAAGUGAGUUGCGAGAAUCCAAAUCUGAUUGCAGCUCGCCUUACUGAAGACAGUCGCAGUCACACGAUCACCUACUUUCAGCUGCCUUCAGGCGUCGAGCCGGAGGACCUGGACCUCGUCUCGGACAUCCCUGCAGUCUCGUGGUCCUUGGAGGACAGCGGCACCCGUGAAGCGUUCCUUCUUGGGGACACCGAGCCUCUAUCGGCUAUAUCGAGGGGUCCGGCUUUAUCAAGUGGACGCGGACAAGCCGGGGAGGCUUCCAGUGCUCACAGGCGAGCCGGCCGAGGGCGAGACAACGAAGGCCUCUCUGGCUUCCCUUCCAGUAACAGCCCCGACAGUCGAAUCGUCUGCCGGUACACUGCGGCGUUUCCAACCUCGUCGCGUGCUCUCACAGCUGACGUGGACGGUGUGCCGAGCGUGAGAGAGCGACAGGGCGCGCAGUUCCUGUCCGACGGAUGCACACCCUUUGAGACUUUUGACGGGGAAGAUUUGGAAAUGCGUCUCGAAGGCGACGACACGAACCCUCUCGGUCUACCCCGGACCGCGUGGAUCCCCGCCGAAGGCCCCGCAGCUCGCUUUCUCUCUCAGACCGUCCAGGGCGAGCUCCUCGACUCUGUCGCUGAGCCUCUGUGCACGGUGACCCACACAGUCGCCCCGAGGGUGCCUCGCGAGUCCCAGCUGUCUCCGGUGGGGCCGCCCGUGGCCCCUGUCGAGCGCCCGAGGCCUGUGGGGAGUGUGGGGUCGCCUCGCGGUUCGGGCCGAUUCGCUCAGCGGGCUUCGUCUCUCUCUGCGCUUGGGAGCGAAGGCGAGUUUCUCGUCAGUUCGAGGUCAGGGCGAGAGCCGCGUUCGUUGUCCCCCAACGGGCCUGAAGAGAAGGCUGCCGAUGCUUGUGUCGAGGACCUCGAACGACUCCAGGAACGGCUUCAUCGACGACGCGGAGCGAGGCUCGCGGCGACACGGGAGGCGUUUCUGACAGGUGUACAUGUUUGUCAGCUUCUUGUAUGUGAAAGGAUUUCUUCCGCGUUGCUCGCAGAAGGCGUCAUUGAACCUGGCCGAUGGAGUCCAACGUCCGACGCUCUCGUCGAGGUAGGCGUCCUCCUCGGUGACGCUCACCUCGCUUCCUAUUCCACCACAAGGGUGCGAAGAAGAAGGUCACCGACUGCUUCUGUGGCGGACAGGAGGAAGGGGGACGAAGCGGCGUUCCACGAUUGCUUUGGAAACGCCGACUCGAAGAUCGUUUCAGAUGUGAUCGGUCGCGGGGGCGGCCAGCAGACAGAUCAACAGCCACCAGGGCCUUUCAAUGCCUUUGGGGACUCUGACGAGGCAGGCGAUCCUCGCAGGGAGGAAUCUGGUGAGGCUGGGAGACUUGGGGGCGAGAGCGGCGAGUGGCGGGAGACGCUCUAUUGCCGGCGCGUGUGUGGAGGCAAGGGCGCGGACGAGAGACAGUUGGGGACGCUCUGCGGAAGGUCUGGAGCCUGCGGCAUUCGCUGCGACGGCUUGGCCUGGACCGUGUGGGGCGAGCCGAACCGCAGGAGACCGGCCCGUGCUACGGGAGCCUCCAACGGAGAGAGCCAGCGAGGGGAGGAGGCAGGGAACUGGCGCGGGGCGAGAGCAACAGAAACCGAGGCGGAAAGCGGGAGGUAUGUACAUUUGGGCGAUCGGUGGACGGACGCGAUGAGGGAAGGAGAAAGACUCGAAGGUGGAAAACGAAUUUGGUGCAUGACACUCAUGCUGAAUAUCGAAGAAGGCGAACUCGACGUCUUCGUCGAUGGCAAGCUGGUCCAUACGUUCUGUGGGCUGCCGAAUGUUUCGUUAGCUUGUCGCGAAGUUGAGGCCAGGUCUUCGUUGACAUCUACACUCGGCUAUCGAUUUGCGGUUUCUCUCUCGUCACCCUCGCACGUUGUGGGGCUCCUGCCUCUGCCGCGCCUGUCUCCGUCCGAACUGGACCGUCUCCUGAAUCACCACUGCCGUUCUUCCAGGGCGCUGCUGCCUCCGGCAGCGUGCACCACAAGCCACCCAGGAGCUUUGAUGCUUUCGCUUAGUCACGCGCUUUUCAGGCUUGCGCUGAAGGCGAAGUUGACGCGUGAGGCCAGGGCGGCGGUGGGUGGAGCAAGGCCCAGCGGCGCGAGGCCGUCGCCGACCGCGCUGAGGGCCGAGGAGCGAGACGGUCGAGACUGCGGAGGAGCCGCACAGCGGGAAGGAGAGCAAAGUCUCGUGAGUCGAGAAGACGAGGCGCGGGGAGCAUGUCUGCCCGAUGCGAUGAAUGUAGGCGGUGCCGGCGUCAGUGCGUGGGUGAACGCAGACGCGGUGACUUGCGGCCUCCUGCGAGAGUGUCUCAGGCUCUCCUGGGAAGUCCUUUGUCGGCGAGCGCUGCGUGCAGCACCACUUGAAGAAGGCGAGACAGGUAGGAGGACGGAGCGAGCUGGGGGGCGGGAUGUGGAGUCAACAGACUCGAGUAUCUUCUCCGUUGUUCGUCGUGGAGACUCCGGACAGCAGGCCGAGCAGAAGGGCUCCCAAGCCUCAAGCAGUGCUGAGAAGGUCGGAUCGUCUCCGCUCCCGAACGAUCGGUGUCCGGAGCCUCCUGCCUCGCCACGAUCGACCUUCGAGGAUGACGCCGCCGUAGGCACCUUCUAUUGUCUCCUUCGGAUCUGGAUCCUUUUCCUGCCUUCUGCGCCGCUGCAACGGUCUCACCGCUCGGAGGUAGCCGGCAGUCAGCUGAGCAAUUCGCCUGCACAGCUGUGUACGCGCGACCCUGCAGACCCUCUGUGGCUGAGAGACGUUCUCGUUCGUGUCUCUUCGCCUUCGAGCGCGUCGAAUGUUUCUGCGGGCGAGAGAGAGGCGUGGGGAGAUCUUCCACUGCCGGUCUUUGCUCUCGCGGCUCUCGCGUACCCCGGCGGAUCUUUGUCUCCGACGCGAUCGGAUACUGAGUUGGGCUUCGCGUUGUUCAGGCAGGCAGCGAACGCGAGGAAGGAGACGAACGGAGGCGAAAUGCGGCUUGGGGGAGCUCGAGAGCGUGCUGGGCUGGACUUGAACAAACGACGCUUCGAGCCUGCGUUCUGCAAACGCGUUCUCUCCCUCUGCUCUCCUCGCUGGCGGCGCCUCGUCCUCAGCGCCGCAGCCGAGGCCGCCACGCUGACCUUCUGCCGAACGCUCCUUCUGGCACCUUUCCUAGUCACUGGAGUCGACAAAUGCUUUUUCUCUCUCGAGUUCCUGCGCCUCGCCCAUCCAUCCUUCCUCGACAGAGACGAAGAGGAAACGCCAGAGCCGCUUAACCCAGCAACACAAAAAUCAAUAACAGAGAAGGCAACAACAGAGAAAGAAGUCAACCGCGGAGACGUUGGCGGUGUACGAAGUGGGGUGGAAGGUGAGACAUGCGAGUUGGCGCUCGGAGAGAGAUCAAGGACGCGACGGCGGGGAGCGUCGUCAGAAAGAAGAAAAAACACAGAGGAAAGAUCUGCCAGAGGUGGAAACUCCACAGACGCAGCGGGGACCGGAUGCGCUUCUACUUUUGUCCUUGAGCGCUCUGAAGAAUGUAGACACAUGGGGGCUUGGGCGCGAGAGGCAAGGGAAGCCGAGAAGGACCUCGAGGAGAAAGGACGAGUCCGCGAAGGAGACAAAACAGCCCAGCAACGCGCCGGGGGCUUUGGUCACCUGCUCUGUGCGACUCUGCCGGCAAUUGUAGCUGCGCUCGAGGACUUCCAUGCAUGCGUCUACGCUCCUCUGCUUCCAGGGAGUUCGCGACGAACGCCGAAGGCUUUGCUUUCAUGUCCUGAGCGCCGCACGCGGGCGGGGGACAGUUGGCAUGCAGGAAGCAGUUCGCGCGGCGCGUGGAGAGAGGUUGAGACCGACUCAUCGGCUAGACCUGCUUUGACGGGAUUCGAGCUGUCCAGUUUAGCGUCGAGAGUCGUCGCGGCUCUAGGAGUGUUGGGCACCGAUGGGGGCGUCCUUGCCCUCGCAGUGGCGCACUGCCCUCCUUUCCUUAUUCUUCGCCUUCUGCGCGUCUUGCUCUCUCUCGCCUGUCCCCCGGCGCAGGUCCUUCUCCAGGGGUCUUUCGACAGCGACGGCCCAGCACAACCGACUGUGAGGAUCUCUCGCGAGGGCGGCGACAAGGCCUGGACGAGGCAGCACAGGCGAGAAGAGAGACGGAAGCGACGCGUGGACGCCUCAGAGGGGUGCCAGACGCUUCGCGGCCUCGGAAGAGAGACCCAAAGUGCAGUGGUGUUGGCGGCGGUGGGGCGCUUGACCCGGCUUGUCAUCCGGCCCUUGAGGCGCCUGCUUCUCCAGCUCUUCCUCUGCGUGCGCAGAGAGUUCCUGCAUGCAAUUGCUGAAGAAGAAGAGGAAUCCAAGCGAGCGAGCGAGCGCGAUCGUCGCCAAAUGGCGCAGCUCAUCGGGCGCUGCGAGGAGGAAGCCCGCGAGGCUCGCGGAGCCGAGAGGAUAGGCCCGGCGGGCAGGCGAGAGGAGUGCCCGAGGAGAUCACAGGAGAGCGGACCAGCGGCAGGAGACGGUGGGAGGGCUGGGAGGAACAGAAUGAGACAGGGAGAGACAAGAACGCGGGCGGAGAGGCGGGAGGCUUUCGCAGCCGGUCGGCCGUCGACGAGAUGUCCCUCACGAGCGUUCCAUGUCGGAUCGCUUUCAGAGAACGAAGAGGUAGACAGUGCUCUCGAACAAGCAGACCUCGAAGCGAGUUCGUCCUCCGUCUCGGAAGCUCGUGGAUCGUGUCGAGCACCCACGCAUGCAAACGGACCAGAGAGAGGAGCGAAUCGCGCGCCGACUGGGGAGGAUGGUGAGAGUGCGUCCGCAUGCGCCUUCCGCACAGGCAGCUACGUGGAAGAGAAAAGGCAGCCUCGAUUCUCUGGCGUUCCGGAGUUCUCGCGGCCUCUUCGCGACAAAUUAGAACGCCAUUUGGAUCUCCUGACUGCAGUCACAGAGCUCACUUUCGAUGCCGUUUCAUCUGAGCCAGAACCCGUCUCUCUGCCCCUCCCUACGCGCCCGGAUGCUUCGACUUCUUGCUCGGCUUCUUUCUGCGGAGGUUCUGUCCGUGUUGAGGUAAAGUGUUCGGAGCGUCUCCUGGCGCGCGUCUGUACGUUGCUCGUGGACCAGAUCUUCUUGUUGAUUCGUUUUCGGAAGCAGCAACUGUUUCUCUCCGUGCUGCCCUUUCUGUCGCACGCGUUUUCGUCUGGAAGGCCGAGAAGAAAACCUGAAGGUCAAAUGGCUGGACUCCUCGAACGCCUGGACCUCUGCCUGGUGGGCCUUCUCCCCCGCCUUCUUCACUUCGCCGGCCGCCUCUCCCAGGCCGCCGUCUACGCGGACCUCGUGGUCGCACUCUGCACCUCUGGAGCCCCAGCGAGUGUCUGUCUCCGCGCCCGACGGCGCGAGAAUCCCUCGAGGGGCGCCGGGGUGGCCGGGAGGGCCUCGGAACCCAGUGCAUCGGACGACACAGAGGAAACGGAGGCAGAAGACGCUCGAGGCUCCGUGAAGGCAAACGCUGGUGUGGCGGGAGUCUUUGAGGAGCUCCAGACGCAGUGGAAACAGGAAGGAAGAAUCCGGUGUGCUCAGAAAGAGAGACAACAGGGUGCCACUGCCGUCCUGAUUUGCUGGCCCGACGUCUUGCCAGCUUUGCGGGAUGCGUUGAUCGGACAGCGAGACAGGACAGCCAGCGGACCUCCUAUCCGCCGCCGCGGAGCCGCUCCCUCGCCCCUGUCUUCCAAAGACGAUACAGAGUCGGACUCGCUAGAUGGCGACCGAAGCUGGCUCCGCGAGAGUCUGUUCAUGCUGCCGCCGUCGAGCGCAGCCUAUCGCCGCGUGUCUCAGGAGUCCUGCUGCAUCUAUUUGCUCGAGACAACGCACCCUUUGUCGACUGUUGCAGACUUUUAUCUCUGUCUCGACUUCCCUCGUCUCUUCGCGUCUUCUCGGCACCCCAGUCCUGCCGCGCAGCCGACGGUGGCGACCCGGAGCCCCCAGGAUUCGUCUGGAGGCGGAGACGCCGGUGCGGCCUCCGCGGAGACCGCAGGCCCCCACAGGACGGUCUUUUCCACCCGAGAGGCCUUCCGGCUCCCCAGCGUCCCUCGAGAAGGAGAUACCUUCCUGGGGCUCGAAGCGGGACCUGCUCCAGGCUUCUCCCACUGGUUGCAAGAGGAAGACGAAGGCGACAGAGACGGCGCACAGAGAGUGAAGAUCAAAUUCGACCCGAGGAGCAACAUGUCCGACUCGGGGGCGGAACUCCACAUUCGCGUCGUCACGGCGCACGGAGUGAAGACUUACCAGUGCUUCGAGCGAAACUUCCCCAAGCUGAAACACCGGGACGUCAAAUCCAUCGAGUUCGAUUUCGGCUCCGCGUACCCGAGCGUCGACUGGGGGUUUCGUUGUCAAGUCGAAGCCUACAGGAAGGUUACGCGACAUGCGACCCACCCUUCGCUCGAGCUUCUUCUCGUCACCCAUGACGCCGCCUUCACUCUCAUUCACCACUUAGUUGAGGACUUGGCUCCGUUUUCUUCCCCGUCGCCCUCCCCCUCCCUUUCCCCGCAUGCAGUUCUCGGAUCCUCCGAGUUUGCUGGUGCAGUCGACGCUCUGAGACCUCUGCUCUUGUCCCAGGAACUUGUCUUCGCACUUCCCUCGUCUUGUAGCUUUUCUUCCAGUCGCCUGCCUCAGGCCUCCGAACGAUCCCCUCGUUCUUUCUCAACUUCUUCCUCUGUUUCCACUUCUUCUUCCUCGUCUGUCUCUGCUUCUCCGUCUUCUUCCUUUUCUCCUUGUUCGCUGUUUCCUUCUUCACUUGCGUCCUCCAGCACGGCUUCUACAGGUUGUUUGAACUCUUGGCUGACAAGCGCUCGCAGCUUGUAUACGGCGGCCUCUGAGGUCCGUCGACUGGCCCUCGACUUCGCUGUCUCGUCGGGCAAUGACCUUGCUUCGCCCCCGCGCCUUCCCGCGCUGUUCGCCUUCGACAAGCCUUCUGUCUGUUCUGCAGUCUCUCGAUCUGGACGGUCUUCUGGAUUCCCUCGUCUUCCGGCGUCUUCACGUCUGCCGGCUGCUGUCUCAGGCGAUUUGAAUGCGGUGUUGAUGGACUUCGUUCUUGGCAGAUCUGGCGCCUCUCAAGCGAUCAUCGCCCUUGGGGACAAAUUCUUUUCAAGUCCUCUCUCGAGGCUUGCAGGACCCCCUCUGCUUCCUGGAGGGUUCGCCCACAUGGUGACAGCGGAGCGCGCGACGCUGUCGCUUUAUUUGCUGCUUCUUCCGGCUGCGUCCGAACUGUUUCUCUCUGUGCUUUCCGCCUUUCAAGGGAUCGAUCCGGCAGCCGAAACUGACAGCAGCAUCCAGGGACAAGGAGUGCCAGGCAUCCAGACGAACAGCAAAACAGGGGAGCGUCUCGACCCUCCUCACAACCUCCCCGCCCAGCCACAGACCAGCCCUGCGGAGGCUCCGCAAGCACAGUCGUCUUCUUCGUUUGCUUCUUCUUCACCUCGGACUCCUCCACUGCGUGAACUGCCUCGCGGCUUGCAGCUGCUGUGGCACUUGGCGGCGCAGACAGCGCGACUAGCUGUGCAUCAAGGCGCCCAGGCGCCCUCGUUGAGGUCUCAGCCGGGAGGCGCCCGCGAAGGAGUAGGACCCGAUCCCUUCAGGAAGGGUGAAAGCGAAGCUUCACAUGCGUCCGAGAAAGCGACGCUCGCGCGAAGAAUCACGAAGAACGCGCUCUUUCUCCUGUCGUGGAUGCGCCUGUCUCCAACUGCAUUUGCAGCGCGAAAAGGACGCCCCUUUGCCGGCGACAUGCCUCUGCCGCUGAAUCCGAUCAGCCUCCGGUCCUGGCUGCUGAGGGACCGGACGCUGCAGGCCGUCUUGGCGCUUGCCCUGCAACCCUCUGCCUGCGUCUCGUCGGACGCCUCGUCAGGGAACCAGGAGACUCUGAGCCUGGCCCUCCAAUUGCUGCAGAGCUACAACGCGCGCAUGAGCGUCGCUGCUGAGGCUCUGACCUUCUUGCUGAGGACUCUCCAAGCGACUGUCUCCAUUCACGGUGUCAUAAGGCGAGGCAGCAGAAGAGCGAGCGCCGAGAAGGCCUACGAACGGAAGGUCCCAGGGGCAGACCCGGGGGCUUCUGGGGAAGGCGAAUCUCGGAGAAGGAGACCAGGGAGGCAGGAGUUGCGAGAGAAGAAGGGACUGGAGUCAUGCGAGGUGUUUGAUGAAGAUGUCGAGUGGCAAGGAUCCGCCCGAGUCGGCGAACUCGCCUGUCUCGCCGUUGAUGCGUCCUGGCGACUUCUACGCUUCCUCGAUGGCCUCGCGGCGGCGCUGCUAGGAGAACAGAAGGCGAGCGGGGAGUCCGUCGUACCUCUCGUGGCUCCGUCGGCGUUGCCGAGGUGCUUCGUCACGGACUACGAGCGAGUUCUUCGGCCAGUCCUCUCGUUCUGUGGGGCACCCUACGCUCCGUCUCUUGUGGCUGAGCCAACGGCCUUCUCGCCCCACGCUUUGCCUGGCCUCCCUCAGUUUCUCCUCCAAACCGUUCUGCUCGGCAGCUGUCCCCGGUCGUUCGCGGCGCUAGGGAACCUCGAGUCGCGUUCAGCGUCUCACGACUCAGGCGCUGCUGGGGCAAACGAACCCGUUGGCGUAAGCGCGUCCCUCGUCGCCGCCCUCUGUGGUGUGACGGAGACGCUCAGCGAGUUUCUUUUCCUGUCUCCGUCGGGGCCCUCGCAGCCGCCGAGCGUCUCCAAUCCUUCCUACCCCUACGGGUGCGCGUCUCAGGUUGCUGCGCUGUCUCGCGCGUGGCUCGCGCCCUUUCUUCUGUCUCUUCUCGUCCUCGCGACUUGGUCUCGCUGCCUCCGUCUUCAGGCUCUGGGCUUGUGGACCGAGAGCGAGAAGAAGGCUUUUCCGAAGGACGAAUUCGUCGAGAACAGGAGGUUCUCGGAAGACAGAAAGAGGAAAAGCAGCAAGGGAACUGACGCAGAGCAUUUACGCGACACGGCGGACCAGGCGCGUCGCGUUCUCCGCUGCGUCGGGAGAGUCGUUGAUGCCACAGGCCUCGGCUUGAGGAGAUUUCUCGACUGGGGAACGCCAAAGAGACACCUUCUCCUGCCGACGGUGUCUCCCGCGUCCGCCCCGGGGACUGAGGCGUCAAAGCGAGCUCGCAGCCGCCCUGGCGCGAGAGCCGCUUCGAGUCCAGUUGUUGAAGCACGCUCGAAUGAGGAGGAUGUCCAGCAGAGUCAAACUCCGCGUCCGAACGCCGCACAGCGAGAUGACAGAAAUGUCGAGAAGCGUAGCCGUUCGUCUUCUCGUUCGGCGUCUGACGCCGGCGUCCGAUCGCGUUCCGCUUCUGCUCCACAGGGAAAGCGUUCUUCCCCCAGCACUAGCAGCACGAGCCUCUCUUUGCACCGAGCAACUUAUCCAUGUACUUCUUCUUCUCGUUGUCCCCGCGGCCUCCCUCUAGUGACGUACAGCGACGCUGUCGUUGAGGUCGCCCUCGUCUUCGUUCCACUUCUUUCCUCUCACUCCCAAGAGGCAUCCCGCCGUCGACCGUCGUCUUCUUUUCCACGUCGUUCGGGUGGCGCGCGCGCGGCGGCGCUCCUGUCGCUCCCGGUAGACGGGUCGGUUUCCAAGGUAUUGAGCAGACAUUUUCGAAGAGUCGAUCAGUGCGUGGUUUUCGUAGAUUCCCCGGACGAGGCAGACACACAGGACUUGAGUAAAGAUAGCGACGAGACGAGUCGACCUGCUGGACGAUGCCUGGCUUCUCCUCUCGACCAAGGGAGAUCCGACGCAGGCGCGCCAGCUGCCCUUCUCCGCGCAUCUUCUCCCUGCACAUCUCAUCUGCGUCCUGCAUCGAAUGCCUCAGAUAGAACUCCAACCUGUUCCUCCUCAUCUGCGUCUUUUUCUUCUUCAUCGUCUUCUGCAUCUUUCUCUCAGCCUUUGGGCGCACCGUCAGAAAGGCCGACCGCAAACGGGCAUUCACCUGCUGUGAGGAGGAGCGGGAAGCCCGUGCGAGUCGAACUCUGGGUGCGAACUGCUGGGCAGGCCUUUGCAGAUUUGCUGGCUUCUCAGGGACCUUGUUUAGGGGGGGCAGAUUCCUUCCGUUCGGGCAAUCAAUCGUCAACGGCCUCGAGUCGCCACCGGCGCAGGCGCGUGCGGUAUUCUUGCUAUGCGCUUGUCACCUCGAAGGCGGCCUCUGAAACAGUGAGAACGCAGAUCGGGGGACGCCCAGACCGCCUGUGGGGUGGAGCAGUUGAGGCGGGAGCGGCGAGCGGACAUAGAAGGGCGGCAGGCGGAGACUCCAGAGAAGCAGGGACGGUGGACUCUGAGAGGCAUCUUGAUACGCGUUCGCGGCGCCACCGAGAGAGUCAGGAAGAGCAUGUGGGCGUCUACCCCACCAGGCGACGAGGCGCCGAGGGCGACGACGUCGCGAGGCUUGAAGCCCAGCGCAGUCGGAACCACGCGCUGGCGCCUCAGGUGGCUGAGGCAGUGACGGGGGUCGCGGCAGAUCGGCCGCCGAGAAGCGGAGGCCUCGAUACUGUCUCCGAGGGCGAGAGUGGCGGUGGGGACGGUGAAGGGUCGGAGGGUAAUGCUCCGACUAUACGGCGAACCCCCUCAAUGCGUGCGCGGUUCCUGACAGGCGAAGGCGAUCCCUCGCCACCUGCAACAGGCCGCCAGGACCCAUCCGGAUUUCUCCUAACUUCGUCUGAACCCUCAGGAGAAGAGGGACAGAGAUUUCUCACAAGCUCUACAGGAGAAGAAGGCCUCGAGCGACGCCCAGCAGGCCCCGCUUCGUCGGCGCCUGGAGCGACUGCUGGCGACAGCGAGGGGGCAGCGGAGACAGACAAAGACUGGUGGCAUGGAGGUGUGGAGAGCUCGACGAAAACGAAGCUUGUGCAGCUCGCAGAGAAGACGGGCGGUGCGCCAACGUGGUUGGGCACACUACCUUUCGUUCGUCUUCUCGUUCCCGACGCAGAAGCUUGGCAAGCCGGAGCUGAGCGCGCUCUGCGGUCCAAGACGCCUCGCGUGAUGUUCUGCUCAGGCGACCGCAUGCCCUCUGCCGGGGUCCAGGUGACCCAGACGGUGGUCUCCAAAGUCCGGUUGGCUGUGGGCGAAGAGCGAGAAGAAGGCGAGAGGCGCUCUCAAAUGCCAGACGCGCAUCCUAAGCGAGGUGGAAAAAAGGUGAAGCCUCUGGGCUUCGUCGUCGCCGAGCUCGGGCAACUCGCCGAGUUGACAGCGGACCAAGUUCAACACGGCUUCGAGUCGCAUAUUCUCGCUCUCGCCACUUCCAACGCUGACGGUACUCCACGACCCAGUGCAAACCUGGGCUCGCGCCAAAAGACUGCUCUUGCCUCCUGUACUGGCGUGGAGGAAGGGGAGUCUCUGACGGGGGUCCUUCCUUCUCUAGGUGUCCAGGGAGAGUCUUCGUCGGCAGUUGCGCGAUCCGAGAAGUUUCUCAGCUUGAGGCAGCAGUGUGCUGCGGCACUCCAGACUCUCGACGCCCUCGACAUGCAGCGCAACUGGCUUCACAUCUCGGCGGCGAUGUCCGAGUUUCUCUGGAUGUCUUUCAGAGCUGCUGUGGGCGUCGCUCUGGGUCCCCACGUGAGGCUCAUUUCUCGCUUCCUGGACGCGACAGAAAGGCUCGCGACCCGGUCGGAGACGCAUGCGGACUUUCAUGGGGCAGCGCUCUCGCACCCAGAAAACAGGAACAACGAAAGAAGCAAAACGACGUGCAAGGGGAAGAGUGACUCGAGGGAAGCAGGCGCUUCUCUUGGGGUCAAGGACAGCCCCGGCGAGGGCGAGAAGUCGGCACAACGUCGAGGAGAGAACGGUGGACAAAGAGAACGGGUGGAAAACAGGCAUUGGAUGGGGAGGCGAGAGAGAGAAAACGCUGGGGUAUUGUCUGCUGUCGGCGUGUGUUUGAAGCACUUCGCUCCGCUGUUGCUGUGGAGCGUCCAACAGCUCGAACAUGCAUCGGCGAAGCUCCCCGAACGAGAAGGCGACGGAGACCUGACAGGCGGCCGUCGUCCUGAAGCUGAGGGCAAGAUGGGGGCUGGAGACAGAAACGAAAAGGGAGAAACGCCGAAUCGAGAGGCCUCUUGUUUGUCUCUAUCCGCGUGUCUCCGUCGGGUCGUUGCGCGUGGAAACGCGUCAGAAUCUCAGGAGUUCGGUAACCUUCCUUCUGCCUCUCUCCCUCUGCCUUGGGCCAGCCCCCCGCCAGUUGCAGCGCUGAUGCUCCGCCUUCUGGAUGUCUCUUCGAACUUGUCCAGAGACCUCGACAAGCGUCUGUCGACUCCAGAACUGUCUGGCGCUUCCUGGGCACCUCCUGCCCAUUCCGUUUCUCGACCUGCCUUCUCGUCUUCACUGUCAUCCCAAGCCUGUCCAGGAUUUGCAAUGUAUGCUGCACGGAGCACACCAGAGUCUCCGGAUGCGUCUCCGUUCUUUGACCGUUCCCCGCUCCUCGGGCUCCACAUAGCCAUCCAACGAUACUUCCACCUGACCCCCACGCAGGCGCCGCCUCUCCUUCCCGAGAUGUUCCUCUGCGGGGUAGGCCUCGGCAGCAGCUACCUCGCCGAUCUGCUCUGGCAUACAACACUGCAGAGACAGCCGGCGUCCCCACCCUUCUCUCCGUCGGCUUCCUUGUCUUCCGCGGCUGCCUGCCCCUCGUUGACGGGGGCCUCAGGACCUUUUUCGUCUUUCUCUGAAAGCGAAGGAGUUGUGGUGAACAGGUGCCGACUCAGUCCCGCGUGUCUGCCCGCUCUGCAUGCAGCGCUUUCAAGGCACAGGCGCCAGCUGGUGGGGUGGAGCGAUGAGGCAAGGAGGCAAAGCCGACGCCUCGCGGCAGUUGAAGCCGAAGCCGCAGAAGCCAGCGAGCGUCAGGAGCGGCGAAACGGUCAAGCGGAAGGAAGCGGUGGACGCGAGGCAGCUUCAGGGGGUGGAAAGAACAGCCAAAGAACGCGUGGGAAGCGAUGGCGGCAAACGGAGACUCAGCCUGAGACGAGUACUGCAGAGGCGGCAAAUGAAGAGAAGAGAAUACAAGAGGUUUCUCGGACCCGCGCCAGGGCGCAAAACUUCAGGGAAGGUGAACCCGAAAGCCACCUGGACGCUCAAGAGAGUUUUGAGGAGACGGAAAGUCCGAGACCCAAAAACAAGGAGAAAAACGAGGACCUGCAACCUUGCUGUGUAUGGACAGAGCAGCGCCCUCUGUGUCUAACAGCGGAGACUGUCGCUGUCGCCGUGCUCCAGCUUCUUCAGUGGAUUGUUGAGUUUCGAGGAAUAGAUGAUGCAGACGAGAACGACAACCACGUCCAGGCGCUCUGGGCGACAGGACGACUCGAAGACAGGGUCCUGGAGUCUGCCUUCUAUCCCACAGACUGUGGAGGCUUGCGAGAGGUGUCAAGCCAUGAAGUUCAACGAGACGCCGGCAUUGAAGAAGCGAAUGGGGCUUAUGCGGAAAAACUGGUCUCCAGGUUCGAGGCCACAGAGAGCCGCCGCCACGACUUUCUCUGGAUGUCAAAUCUUCUUCCGCGUCUCCUCGCCACGAGUGUGUGGGGUCGGCCUUACCUCGGGAGAUGCGUAUUUCGGUUUGUUCGUCUCCUGCUUCUGUCGCGGCUGCGGUCUGCCUUCCUGGCCUGCUCUCGGUCCCGCGCCGUCGAACGACGAAGAACAAAUGAGAAAAGGCGUUUCUCUGGCGAGCCUCAAGGCCGCUGCGGAGUGCGGCCCACCUCAGGGAUCCUGCCGGACCCCGCAGUCCUCGCGCCGCUGCUUCCGGCGCCGCCGGCGUGGUUGUUCUGGGACCUAACUGGUCUCGGCGUCUCCGCUUGCUCUGACGAAGGAGAGACUCGCUGCCGCUCUUCGUUCUUCCCUUCGUCGCGGCAGACGCGAGGAGAUCGAGGCUCAGGGGGCGCGAGGAGCGGGGAAGCGGAGACAGAGCCGCGUGGAGUGUCGGCAGAUGCAGAGAGGCGAGAAACCGGCUACGGAGAACGGCAGGAUGUCUCAGUGAAGACCGAGAUGGAGCGCGUCGGCGGUUGUUUCAAGGGGAAGAAAGGCAAGGGCCGAAACCACACACCUGGAGAACGCGAGACAACGGGAGCUUUCCGCAGGUCGGGAGUUUCUGCCACUGACACGGCUGAAAGCGCAUGCGCCCGCGAAACCUCUUCUGCACGUCUCGCUGUUUGUGCCUCAAGAGAGACGGAAACGGAGACGACAAGGUUCCCUUUCCGCAGCUCCGCCUCUCCGCCACAGGACAGGGAGAUGGAAUAUGAGAACGCAGUUUCUUCAACUGGCCCUCCCGGUCCUCGGUGUGCUUCGCCUCUCUGGAGCGCGCCGACGCUUCUGCAGUUCGUGGUCUUGAGAGCAGCUCUUCCUCUGCCUCUUUCGGGGCCGUGCUGGUAUCGGCUCGCCAUCAAGCCUGGCUGCGGAUGGUUCAAAUUGACGGCCUUAAAUGGCUUUUCGGUUCGGCGGAUUUGCCUCGGUCAGGCGAAGCAGUCCGGAAUCAAACACUCAGACCUCGUUCCGUGUGUGGGGCUGGAAGUGCCGACUUACAGGGCAGGAAAAGAUUUUGGCUUUAAGAGCCAAGUAUCUCCUCUCGGUCAGGCCCUAGCGGCGCUGGAGCGGGAGGCGACGCUGGAGCGGGAGCCGGCUCAGAAGCCAGCGGAGUUUCCCUUUCCGACUCCAAGCUUCAUGGAUGUGAUCACCCUCGCAAAGCCGGAGAAGAACGUUCUGAAGAUUCGCGUGGACGGCAAGGGCAUGUGGAACAUUCCGCUGUUGCAUCCGCAUGUGAAACUCAACGUUGCCAGUGCGCGGCGGCAGAGACGUUCGCCGUCUUCAGAUCUGCAGGCCGGUGACGAGAGGAAGAGAGACAAUCAAUGCGAGGCUCGCGAGCCGGCCGGCCGGCGACUGCAUGGGUCCUCUCGAGCGUCUUCGGAAGGUCGUGAUAGGGCAGGACAGAGGGAAACCUCCAGAAAAGAGUCGAGCGUUUUUGCUGCGACUUCUGCAGCGAGGUCCCGGCGUAAACGUCGACGAAUCGAUCGUUCUCUGCCUCUGCUGUCGACCAUGCAUGAACUCCAUCUGUGCAUUGUCACACACUCGUGCAGCAAAGACGCGUUUCAGCUGUACGUCCACCGAGGCGGCGGCGAGGUCGACAAGAGUCUCCGACAUCACAGAAAACUGGCAGGGCUGCUUCGUCGCGUCCAGACGCUGCACUCCCCGGGCUUCAGAUCGAGUCCCGGUGAUUCCCCCGAUCCCUUCCUCCCCGACUUCUGGCCAGUGGCUCUCCACCAACUGCCAGUUCUGCCAGCCUGCAAUGCACCUCCGACUCUCGCCUUCGCAUCGUACGCUCUCCCGUCCCCGUCAACCUUCUCGCCGCUUCUAUACCGCUCACGUCUCCCGCGGCUCCGGCCAGCUUCUUCGCCCUCGUUCUCUCUUCGGCUCUGCCCUUCCGCCUCGCGUUCUUUCUCCGCCGAGGCGGGCGUCGCCGAUCACCUCUCUGAAGGUCCGAGAGAGCAUUCCGGCGGUGCUCUAAGGAGUGCAGCCUCUGCCGCUUCGUCCCUGGGUGCAUGGGACAAGAGCAAGAUGGUGCUUGGCGGCCGUGGAUGCGCGGCCUUUGACAGUCACGCCGACCUCCUGCGGUGGCGGUGGACAUGUCUCUUCGGAGACACCCAGCUGUUGCGCCAGAGCGUGCAGCUCCGCAGGGCGUUACUGCUCGGCGACUUGGCUCUCCGGGCCGCGAGGAAGCAACAGCUUGGAGAGCUUCACUGCGGAGGAUUUCCGCUGCUCUCCAGAGUCGAGGAGCAGUCGGAGGAAAUCAGACAACUCCCCUCAGUCGCAGCGGUUCAGGCUCUCAGGCUCGACGAGCGUCGUCGCGACAGAGGGCCGCUGCGCGGAACAGAGAAGAAGGGAGAGCGACAGGACGUGAGAACGAGAACAGAUCUCUCACCAGUUCAAGGGAGAGGCGCAGACUGCGUAGCCAACGCGAAGACGGGUAUGGAGGACGAAAGGUCCAACAGACAGUGCGGUGAAGAGGAGGAAACUCUUGGAGAGCUGCUCGCUGAUGUUUUGAACUCUCUCGCAGACGGUCUUGACGAAAUGGAGGCGUGGACCUCUCAGUGCAUGCGUGCGCAGCCGCUUCCCUUUUCCGCGCUUUUGUCUGAUCCCGCGUCUCCCGGUUUGGCUUCUUCGCGUCACCUGUCUCGCCCCGCCUCAAACGUCUGCGGAGACAACGAGGCACCGGCGGUUGCAGAGUCCCUGCAGGCAGCAACGCGGGCAGAGCUGGCAGGGCAGCUGUCUCCAUCGUUCUCUGCGACUUCUGAGCUCCCUUCAGCUCCAAGGCCGUUCUUCCAUUUCGUCCACAAACAGACCUCUGCCGAGGCUCUGAAUCGCCUCCGGCAAAUGUUCAGCCGCCUCUCGGCGCUCCUCAGAGUGUUUGUUUUCGACGGGGCGUCCGAAGACGCAGAGACGCCAGCGGAGGGGCUGCUUCGUCUCACAGGGGAGGCGUCUUUCAACGACUUCGAGCGACUGUGGAUGUCCGGUGCAUUUCAGAGACACCUUGCAGACUUCGUGCGUGACGAAGAAAGCAGCGAAAGCCGGGGAACCUCGGAGCCUAGUCGGAAGAAGAAGGACAUCGCGUCGACGUCGCCCGCGCAAGCGUUUGGCAGGUCGUGGUUCCCCAAGGGCGUUUGCGCCACAAACUACUGGCAACUCAUUACGGAGUUGUCUUCGCCGUUCUUCGCUGAGCACCGACUGUGGCGGCCUUUCUUCCUUCUCAGCACCGCAGAAAAGAAUUCAAACGACAAGAAACGAGUCUUCUCUCGCUUCGGACCUGUCGGGAUGCCGUUCGAGGUGCCUUCGCUCCCAAGGAACGGGGCGACAGGUCCUCGAGGAGAGGGCAACACCGAGAAGAAGGAGACGCCGAAGCCGACUUCGACGGACUCACACGAUGGGCCGUACCAAGUCGAAUCAGCGGGGCCUGAAGAGGAGGGAGACUCGUCGUCGGGAGGGAAGGUACUAAGUGGCGAGGGCAAAUCUGACGACAGCUUGGCGAGUCAGCGGUUCGCGUCGCGCGUCUCUUCUCAGGCAACAACCGGAAGGAACGGAGACAAAGGCCGCGGCGAGCGAGGAGACGGCCAAGCAAACUGGAGGGACUUGUGGGCUCUCGCAUGUGACAUGAAGAGUGUUGAAGACGGGGCAUUCAUGACGUCUCUCCUGCGCCUGCUUCCACUCCGUGGGCGCCAGUUGUUGCUUCGCAGACUCCGAGAAAAUGUGAAGCAGAUCGUCGCCCUCUGCACCCGAAGCGGAGACCUGCAAACGGAAGCCGCGGACUUGCCCCAGCAUGGAUGCUUCUCGGAGACGCGCCUCAUGCGUCUCUCCCUCCUCUCCUCCUUCCUCAGCGUCCUAGGAGCGGCCGAGGGUGCCGCAGCCGGCGCCCAGAGAGAAGCAGAACAGCGAGAAGAAGACUCGAACGAGCUCGAGGUAGCGCGACAGACAGAGAGACCCGCCGACUGGGCUGAGGAACGCGAGUACGAGACGGAGCAGGGUCAGAGGAAGAGUCCUCAAAUCCUGGAUCAUAGGUCUCCCUCUUCGACAAACGCAUGCGUCGACAUAAGCGAGGAGUAUGAGACUGCAGAACUGACGCUCACCCUCUUGACAAGUGUGGCGCCGCUCUUGGCUGCGAGCGCGCCGUUCCUCAGACGCCGAAGCUGCCACAGCGAUCCUUCCCCGAGUCUCAACCGCUUGGGCUGCGUCGCCGAUGUGGGGCAGCUGUCUGCUGUGAAAGCCGAUGUUCUUCUUCAGCGUUUCCAGCUGCUUGCCUAUCUCUCCCAUGCCUCUGGCUAUGCGGCGCUGGCUCCGCCACCUCGUCCCCCACUGCCGCCUCGUUCUCCAUCUCGUUCAGCGUCUGCAUCGGUUGUCACAUUCGGUCAAAGAAGCGGGAAACCGCGGAAACAGAGCAACGGCCAAGUCGGAGAGACAGGAACGAGGAAAUGCGCCGGCAAGGCUCGUGAUGGCCGCCUGCAGAGCGGGAGAGGGGCGAACGGCGAACGGAAGCAGACAAGGAGAGAGGCAGAUGUUGGAGAGAGACAAGAAGGUAUCUCUUGUGCGUGCUGCGGAGCUGAGAUUUCAGAGAUCUCCAGUGCGCCUACGCAUGUGGAGGACUAUUCAUCGAAGGGUGCAUGCAGUUCAACUUGUGGGGUGUCUCCAGGGGGCCGCGGGGCAGCGGUAGAGGCCGGUUCGCAACAUCUCUCCGGGGCGGGGCCGACUCUUUCCGGCUCCAAAUCAGUCGAUAGCACUUUCGCCGGGCCGGUCGAACCGAAGGUCUCAGAGAUCGGGCAGGAACCGUUGAAACAUGAAGGUGCAUGCGAUCAUCCUUGGGAGCCGUGCCGUCGUCCAGCUCUCAUCCGUGUGUCUCUCCUCACAGAGCUCCUCGACUCCUGGCGAUUUCUCCCGGCUCGGGGAUGCCCAGCGCGCGACGCCUUCUUCUCUCUUUUGCUGCGCCUCUGCCGGACGACGGCCUCAGGGCUUGACCCAAUUCCUCAUGAGGAGGGAGACGGAAAAAAAGAGCGCGCCUCUCGACGCGACGUCGGCGGCGCGACACUCUCAAGGAGUGGCGUCUCUGCAGUUGGGAGGAACGGACUGUCUCCAGCUGAAGAGAAUGUUGCUGCGGAUCCUUUGUCUCCCGUCGACAGAGCAGGAGACUUAGACAGAGAGUUGUGGGAGGGUGUGUUGACAUGGCCGCAGGUCUUUUGGCUCCUCGAGCAGCUGCCGCGUUUUCUUCCCGUAGCUGAUACCUCUCGCUGGACCUGUGGCGAGGUGGCGGCGUCUGUGUUGAAUCGUCUCGCGUCGCCGGUCGCGUUCUCUGUCCCUGUGUCGGAUGCCUCUGAAUCCGCGUCGUCGACAUCGGUGCCUCCACGUGAAGAGCCGGCGGCAGAACUCAACUUGUCCGCAGCCUGGGGCCUCUUUCCGGCUUCCGACGAGGUCCUCAGACUCGGCCAGGACCCGAGCGCGGUCUCUGCUCGUACGUGGCUUCGCCUCCACGGCUACGCCUCUUCGUGCGUCGCGGAAACGCCUCUUGCUGGCUCCGGCGCUUCGCCCUUCGCCGUCGCCGGUGCCUCGUCGUCUCUGCUCAGUGAAGGCAACAGGUGGACUCGGACGCAGCGAGCCGCGUUUUGGCGACCCGUCGUUGCCGACCUCGAAGACGUUCGCGGCCACCCUCUGGACCCUGUGGAUUUGUCCAAUCACUUCUUCAUGGGCCAGUUCACCCGCGACGGCACUCACCUCCAGGCCUCUCUCGCUCAACGCGGCGGCGAGGCCGGCGGAGCUCGAGGAGACGAGGCCGGGGUAGGGAUGGCGGCGGGAGGCCUCGUCGAGGGCGACGACGAAGAGGAGGACGCCUUCACAGUCCACCACUCGCCACACGCUGGAGGCGGCGGGAUCCUUCUGGGACAUCGUCCUCCAGGGGCAGGAAGUCGGUCAGACGACGGCGCUGGCUACUCCACGCAUGGAGGGUGUGCUGGCGUCGAGGCGGACUCGAUUGGGUCCUGGAGUGACCCGAGCGACGACGACGAAGAGAUGGGGACUGCAGCAGCUCCUCGGCGGCAUUCGCGAGCCUCCAGAACGACGGGGACGUCGGGGGAAGCUGACCGUGGCCGCGAGGGCGGCGGAGGUGGAAGGCCUGAGGGCGGUCGAGGACCUGGAAGAGAAGGCGAGAGAAGCGGCGGAGGAAGGCCGAGAAUGGGACAGGGAGAGGGAGACGACGACGACUCCAGAGGCGGGAGACGAGACAUGGACGUUCUGAUGUUCGCCUCGAGUGAAGAGGAAGAUGACGACGGCAUGGGGGUCGCAGACCAAAGCAUCACGUCGCGACGAGGACGCUUCGACCGGAUUCGCAUCUCCUCGGAAGAUGCAGAGCUUCGAGAAUUCGACGCGUACGAAGAAGAGGACACAGACUGGGUGACGGCCGAGGAAGCCGACUCGGAGUGGAACGGCUCUUUUCCGCUGGAGGACGAUGAGCUGUUUGCGUGCGAUGUCUUGGAACGCGAGGAGCCUUUUCAAGGGGACCUCCGGGAAAGGGAUGCCACGGACAGUCUGACCAACAUGCCGUUUGCUUUCAGAACCACCACGCGACGUCGCCGCCUUUCCUCCUCGCGACUGCAGUCCGUGCCUCUCAGCCGGUCACGGUGGACCCCUCUGUCGCAGUCCGAAGAGACUCUCUUGGCUCCAGCUGACGUCCCCCGUCAAGCGCCAGCACCGUCGCGCAACGAGCAUGUCGGCCUUCACAACUCUGCGGGUCCGAGAGGCCGUCGCGAGCGAGAUGGAGAGUCCGACGCGGAUGGAGACUUCCCCUCUCUCCGUCUGGUCUUGACGGUCGAAGGACGGCGUAUGGAACGGCCAGGCUUCGACGGUGGGCAAGCGGCGAACCGAGCCGAGGUUUUCGCGCAGACGCAGACUGCGUACUCCCUUCCUGCUGGACGUUCGGCGUUCUCCGGAGAAACGCGCGUCUUCUCCGUCGUCGAGCGCUACCAACAAGUCACGGAGCGCCAGGGCAACUCCCAGAGAGUGCAUGCAGCCGACUUGGAGGGCCUCUCUGGCGACUUGGCUUUCCCCGCGCGUCCCGACAGUUUCCGUCGAGGCGACGAAUCGCCAGAGUCCGGUGGCGGAUUGCAGAGGAGGCGCCGCGAGCUGCAGAGAUGGCGGCGGCAGCUGGGGCUCUUCGACGAUGCGCCGGAUCCGGCGUUCCGCUCCGGACUCCGCGGGAGAAGGAGACAAGAGAGGCGGGAGGCGGACGGGGAAGCACUCGAAGAAAGACGGUGGCGUUUUGAGCACACAGAAACCGGAGACAGGGGGAGGACGGUCAGCAGGCGAAGCGGCGCCUUCCUCGGUUCGGGGCCUUCGUCCUUCUCUGUAGGAAGCAGUUCCGACGAGAGUGGAUCCGAAGCAUUUUCCUUCGACUCCGAGGAAGAAGCUCUUUCCGACGGCGCGGUCGUUGUGGCCCGAAUUUUGCCGCCUCUCUACUCGCACUCUUUGGGCGGCGACGCGGAGUCUGUCAUCCCGCCAGGACGAAGAGCAGCGCGCGACGAACUGGGAGUCGCGGCGAGGCCCCAUGCGUGCAGUGAUGGCAGCAUGGCGUCUCUCAGUUCCUUCGGUUCUGCGUUUCCUCGAUCGCUUUCUUCCCAUUUCUGUCGCCUUUCCUCUGGGACUCAGGACAGCGGAAAUCUGUUCGGCCACUCGAACUCGUCGACCUCACGUCUGGACUUCCACGCCAGCAACAGCGGGGGGCUGCCUGACCUAGACUGGCUUCCCCUGUCCUCAGCGGAAGGUUACGUCAGUGGUGACCAUAGUCUCGACUCUUUCGUCCCUCGCACUGGCCUCACGACCUCUCUCGCAACGGCGCCGUCCUUCGCGACGAAAUCAUCUUUCCAAGACUCUUCUCUGCUGCCCCCUUCGUCCUCGUCCUGCUCGUCAGCCUCCCUGGCUUCGCAGUCCGCGUCGCGACUGGGAGGAGGUGAGCACGAGCAGAGGAGCCCGGUCUCUUCUCAAGGACUGUCGCAUGCAUCGCCCCGAACACCCCGCCAAAAUGCGCAGCCUCUCCUCGCCAGGCGCGAUCACGAGGCUGCGGAAGCGCUUAACGGCGACGCCGGUCGUGAGGCGGAUUUGUGGGAUGCUUCAGAGACAGGCGCCGCCGCGGGGGUCCCUGAGGUCGUGAGCGAAGCGUGGAAAGGAAGGCCAGGUCUGCGGUUCGACGGCGAGGCAUGCAGACGUGAGGGGGGUGACGGAGAUGAAGAUAAAACUCUCUGUUGUUCCGUCUGCGCACUGCCGCUCUGCGCAGGACCCACAGUGUGUGGUGAAAUGCUUGCCGCCUCUCAGCGACAAUACAGGCGCAGGCAGCGACGUCUUAGGUCGGGACUUAGACGGCGUCGCUGCAUGCAAGACUGUGAGCGACAGAGAUGGAGCGAAGCACGGAAAGAAGACGGUGCAGAGUCGAGAGAAGACCGAUACGAGUUGGGCGUGAUCAGUGAUGCCUCGCAGACAGGCUCCCGGGCCUUUGUCAUCGGUGCCUCAGACAGCAACAGUCGGUGGCUUCUCGCCUCUUCAGCUGCUCUUUCCCCAGCUCCGAGGACCUGGGUUGUUCGGCGCCGCCCGCGCUGCCGUUCCAGUCUGGCUGUCGAGUCCUCGGCGUUGAAACCUCGUCGAGCGCAAGAGGAAGACGCAGAAGGAAGUGAAGGAAUGCCGAGUUCGAGGAUCUCUUGCAGGGCCUCGCCUCUGGAGGGUCCGACAUCGUGCGCCCUGGCAGCGAACGGGUGGGCACAACACACAGCACAGACGAAUGGAGACGCCGUCGAUGGGAGAGCAAAGGAAGAAUCGGAAGCCUUUGGGGAGACGGCCAAGUCGAAGACGCGGCUACGCAAAUUGGAGGCGACUCGGAAAUUUGGAGAGCUAAGGAAUUCUCAGACGGCUUCAUUGCUACCCCUGCCGGAAUCAAGCGUCCCCGACUGGAAUCUUUUUCGACCGAAAGCUCUUUCAGGAAAGGACGUCUUUCUGCCUUGGGCUUCAUUUCGCGAGUUGUCUCCCCUUCCCUUGCCUUCGCGCAAGGCAGCUUCGAUUCUGCUCCCGUCCUUUUCAACUCAGGUGCCGUUGCCUGUCGCCAGAGAGGAUCUGACGCCUCAGCUUCUUCUGGAGACCCGCCGCGCUGCGAGCGACGGAGAGACUCAGUCCACGGUUUGCUGCUCUCCGCGGCUCCGUCGUGGUGUUUGGCGGACGCGUCUCCUGGGUGAAGAGGCGCGCGUCGACACGGGGACCUCGGAAACAGUUGGAGUUCGAAUUGACGGAGCAGCCACCAACGGGGCCGCGGUUGACAGCGUCUCACCAGGAGCCGAAGAAAUAGACCAGGCUUGGAGACAGGCGGUGAGCAAACGGGGAGAAGGCGGCAACGCAGACAGGCUUCGAGACAAGAUCCCGAAAGAAACCGCAACGCGAGGGGAUAUGGAACUCAAGACAUCGAACGCUUCACUCGAGUCUCUGUGUGUCACCUGCCGUUGCCGAGGCUUCAGGGCCUUGGGGGUGGAGACUGCUGUCGUCUCCGACGGCGUGAGAGGGAAGCUGGGAGAGAACGAAAAAAGGUUUCGGCCUUGGUGGCUCCGGGACAGUUGUUGGAGACCCCAACUGGGUUUGGUCCGCUCAGCGGCUUUGCGCGUAUUCGACGAAGACAUCGGAAAAUGCCGCCAACACCCAUCUGAGAGGAACCCCCUUCUUCUUCUUCCAAGGUUCGCGUCGGUCGCGAGACGCCUUCGACGGAGUUUGCGCUCUCGUCGCUUUUUCUCAAAAAGCGAGGAAAGUGGAGCUGUCCAGCGCUCGAGUGACAGUGUGACUUCGGCUUCUUUCCUCCUACCCCAGCUUCCGAGAUGUCUCUCGUCAAUCUACCUGCCUCGCAGACGCUCGCGACUGUCCGCCCACAUCAGCUCCCUCAGUUCUGAUUCCGCCGGCCAGUGGUCGCUUCUCUCUGUUAAUCGCCAGCCGGAAGCCGGGCCUGAAAGAGAGUCGCAAGAGGCCGGGGGCGGCCAGGAUCGACGUUUCAGUCCCGAGCUGAGAUCCGAGUCUCUCGCUGCCCAUCCGCGAGUCUCCCCUCGGUCUGUUGUCUCUGUUUCCAACGCGGGUCGCGAUUCAAGUGUAGGCGUUUGGCGCCGAGUUUACCUCGAGGCUCAGGAGGAGGCCCUGCUCCUGAGGCUGGCACCUUUCUUGGGGGGGAACCCCGUGUCGCUCUCGAACAGCUGGCCGGGCGCGCGGGCGUUUUACGCGGCGAACGAUGUCCCUACCGACCUCGAGCUGUCCUCCCUCGGAGAGGUGCGAUGUCCGCGCUGCGGAAAGACUCUGAAGAAAAUCGAAGGCAGUGGCUUUGAGGGGAAGUGGAGAUGCGACGGCCUGGACGAGAAUGGCUUCUGCGUCGCCAACUUGACCGACUACCGUCUCUGGUCCGCUGCCGCGCGCCACCGGUGCCACUCAGACGACUUCGACUAUUGCCAGGCCUGCUUCGAGUACAAGGCGAGGCUGAACGCUCGAAAACUUCAGUGGCUGAGCACGAACUCCUCGAGGCUGCUCUGGCCCGCGCAGCCGCCGGCCUGUCCCGCGGGACCGUUUUUGUGGCAGCGCGGCUUGGAGGCUCCCCUCUCAAAGAAGCAGCGCAGACAGGCUGAGGAGGCGAAGCGCCGAAUGCGCAGCCUCUUGACGAGUGCCAGAGCGCGCGCAGACAGCGUGGAGGCGAGUGAGAAGAGAGGACGUGAGCUUCGAAAGAGGAGCAAGGAAAGCCACACACUGAGACACCGAACGAACCGAGGUGACGCCCGUCGAAGGGACAGAACCGGUGACCCGAGCGAAAAACAGCCGGCAGACACAGAAGGAGAGCAGGGACGCAACUUGGAUCCGAGGAGGAAGCUCCGGCCUUGCUAUCGGCCGGCGCACGGAGGCGAGAACAGAGAGAGACGCGAGAAAGGUUCAGUCUCGUUCCACAGGUCGUCUGCUUCCUCUUCUUCUUCCUCUUGCUCGUCUGGUGUGUCUUGUUCUGGCGGGUGGAUCCCUGAGAGACUGCCGCCUGUUCAGUCGCCCCAGGCGUGUACGGAGUCGUGGAUUCGACAGGCGACACAGCUGGUGGCGCGUUCGGGUCGCCAUCGUUCUUCAACCGGAAACGGCGAGGAAGUAUCUCUGCCGGAUGGAGUCGUUCUCCUCAUUCCUUCUCGCCUGCCUUACGUUCCCCCGCCUCCGUGUAAUCCUGUCCUACUCACUGGCUUCUCGACGUCGGCGCCUGGAUUCCCCGAGAGCCUCGCGCCGCAGCUCCAGCGUCUCGGAUGCACUUUCCUGCUCCCCUUGUUCUUCAAGAAUUUCGAGACGCUCCGCAUUCACGGGUCGCGCAUCGCGGCGUCUUCAGUCUCCUUCGAUCUCGAGGCAGCAGGCGAGGUCGGCGAAGCGGGGGGCGGGGAACAAAGCAGCAAGACCCCAAGCGGCCCUGGCCUCUUGACGCCGCUUCGGGUCUCCGACGCUCACGCUCCUCACCCUGCACAGCCAGGCAAGCCAGAUGCGUCGGCGCAGCUCGGCGCGAAGGCCUCAAGUGCCUCCCCACACUUGACGGUGAUGCUGGUCGCCGAAGAGGCUGUGUGGCCGUUGGUGAUUCAGGGCCGGUUCGGAGGCCCUCAGGGCGACUGCAGCUCCAUUCCCCACCUGAAGAAGGACGUCGCCGACCAUACGAACUGCGAGACAGACGGAGUAUUGCUCAGCUGCUUUCAGAACGGCCGGUGGCAGGGCGCCGCACGCCGCGAGGAGACACUUGGGGACAGCGGCGACGGCGCGAACAGAGGCCAAGGUGACUUCUUGUGUGGGCCGUUCAACCGCCAAAUGGAGGCCGAAGGAGACGGCAAAUGGUUCAUAGAUGUCCACAAGGCCCAGAGAGACCCGCAGCAUUACAAGGGGACUGUGGGGUACAACGGGAGUGUGGGGUACUGGAACCUCGACACCGAGAUCCCGGGGUACCUUGCCCCCACCUUUCUGGCCGUGAGCGGACAUGCCUGCACUCCUGAGGUCCGGAACAAAGGCAUUCUCUUCGUCUCCUCUCUCCAGAGACACCUGGAGAUCUUCCUGCCCGCGGACCAGAACGAACUGGAGGAACAGAUGCGGUUCCUGUCUGAGACCGCGGAGACAGAGGGCCUUCUCCCGUCGCGGUCGGGACCUGGCGAGAGAAGCGAAGAGUCUCCACCCGAGGGCGAAGACGAGGAAGGUCGACGGACUCGAGGCGAAACGCGGUGGCGGAACGACUCAGGCCUCGAAAACCCAAGCGCGUCAAGGAAGGAAGGCACCUUUGAAGGGAACGACUGUGAAAGAAAUUCGGAGACAGAGAGAGAGAAGCAGGAGACGCGGGGUAUGGCGCCCAGCGCGCGAACGACGAAAGGCAAGUCGAAGAUUGAAGACGAGGAAAGAAAGAACGAAUCGACAGGGCGCAACGCAUCUUCUGAGUCCUUCUCAAGUUUGGGGAACCGCACCUGUUUGGCGAGUGCAGCGAGUUCUUCAGGAGACACCUCACCACGCCGCCUGUGUGCUACCUGUGAGUCCAUGAAGAAGAAGGCAGCUUCCUCUGGGUAUGCUUCGGCGACGAAGGAACCUCCCGUUGCGAUAUCGUCUUGGACCUCUCCUUCCGGCCUCUCAGUGGAAGAGGAAGACGAGUACUUGGCACUGAAGACUUGGGAGGCAAGUGUAAAUCCGCUGACGGCGGCGCUCCUCCCAGUGGACGCCCUCCAAAGACAGCAGAUGAGUGCCGCCGUUCGCUGCUAUCAGUGGGAAACAGCUCUCCAGUCGCAGAAUGCUCUCGUCCAGCUGUGGCUUCUCCACCCCACACUCGCUCUCAAGUCAUGGCCCCUCGUCCUCCGCUUCAUCUACGACGCCGUGCGCUCCAGGCCGUCGAUGCACCGCGUCCUCGUCGAGCUUCUUCUCGCCGUCGUCAAGGCCGCGGCGAUCGAGGCAGGACGGCGAAGUGAGGACUUGACGACGGACAGCACGAGCUCAGAAGACGACGACGCAGAUGAAAGCCAAGAAACCGCAGACGAACACGAAGAACAAGAGGGUGGGUUCGUCUGUGGAAGUCUUUUGGAUCGCGGCAGGCAACCUCCUCGUUGGCGCGCGAAAGCAGCAAAACCUGCGUUUGCGAGAGCUCAAGUGCCUUUGUUUUUGUGGCCUUCGCUCUCUCCUUCCAGUGUUUCUUUUCCCCAGAAACGAGUUCAGAAGGGAGCUUGGGAAGUGGACGCGAUUGCCUCGCACGUAGCUUCCCUCGCGCUGCUUCACAUGGCUGCGAUCGGCCUCCUCGACCGCCACAGCGCCGAACAAGCUGAGGCUUACCGCGUCUACCGAGCCUGUCGGCAACAGCAGCUCUCACUCCAACUGGUCUCUGCUUCCUCGACGCCGUCGUUGGGAGCAGAGUCCUUCGCGUUUCCCGAAGGUGGCGAGUUAGAGGACCUCACUCAGAGGCUUCAGCUCGGCGGCGCGCCAGGACCGUUCGUCUCUCUCGGUCUUUCACGGCCUCCGGCGGGGGAUGCACCUGGUUUCCGGGCCUCUGCUCUGGAACGUAGGCGAGAGGCGAAAGACGAGACAAGAGUCUCUCUCUCGCAGAUGUUCAAAGCGCAGGAACAGCGAGACGCUAUCGCCCGGGCGAGUCGACAGCAACGACAGCAACGGAUGGACGAGGGAGACGAAAACUCGACUUCUCCGCUUUUUCCAGAAUCUCGAGUCUACGCUGGAAUCGCUUAUGGUGUACAGCGGCCAUGGGCAACUGAAUGCAGAGACAUCUUCGCCCUCGUGCCUAAGACCGUCGGUCCGACGAACAGCUCGUCUCCGUCGUCUGAAGGCAUCGCCUGGCUCGAUGACCGCGGGGCAGACAACGGCGCUUCUGUUGGCGAACAAGUCGAGGCAGAGAGAGACAAGCGAGAGGCGGUCGAAGCCUCCAACUGGCCUUGGGUGGCGCCAAUGGAACAACGCCCUCGAUUGCCCGUCGCUUACGAUCCCUUCCAGGAGUUUUCAGAUGGCAACGCCAGUCAAGGAGGCGCGUCGCAACUGAAGUACUUGAAUCCGUCACUUCUCGUCGACUGUCUCCACUCAGAGUCGAGGCACCCGUACUGCGCCACCGAGCGCGGGCCGAACUUGAAGACGCAUGUCGGCAUCGAAGAGUAUAUUCUCUCGAGGUGUGGAGACGCUGGCGGACGCAGCCGAGGACCGUGCGGAGACCGAGGACUCGGUGCGAAGAAAGCAGGGGAUGUGGGACGACCCGAGAAGGCGAAUAAAAACGCGAACGGAGAAGCAAAGGAACAGGUGGAGAGGAUGCGACAAACGCAGAGUACCGAGCUGGACACCCGAGACAGAGACCAAGAGGAGAAAAGAAAAAUCUUCGUCGAUAUUGCCAUGGAUCCUGGGUUCGACUGGGCGAGAGGCUUCCUCAUUCGAUUCUCCCGAAUGUCAUGCACGCGCCCGGGAGACAGUCUCCGAUUCUACGCUCACACGGACGAAAAUGUCUGCAUCGCUGCAUGCAGCGGCCCCUCGGAGCGUCCAUGGAGUUCGCCGGUGUUUCUUCCUGGGUUUCGCUUUUCCUACGCGUUCCACCCAUUUGGUUUAAACUCUGCAUGCGUGCCACUGCCGAAUCCGAUGUGUGGGAGCAGUGCGCCGGGCCUGUGGAUGUCUCCAGACUUCACGCCGCUGGAGUUUUCAAGUCCAGCGAACGACCCGCGGGCGGAGGACGUGACGGCGGCUCGCGGCGCGCAGUUAGCUGCCCUUGACAGGACUUUUCUCGGGAGGUCGUUUGACGUCUCUGGGUCAGCGGCAAAUCGCGAACACCGUGCGGGUGAGGCGCCACCCUCGCGCGCGACCUACACUCCGUACGCCUAUCCUUCGCUUCCCUCCCGCGAACUUCAGGAGAUCCCCGCAAACGGCCGAGAGAGAUCCGAGGCGGGCACUGCAGCCGGAGAGAGAGAACAAGCGCGGAGGCGCGAGCUGCGGGACGCGCCGAGCGAGGCGACGCUGGGGACCUCCCGGGGAAGGCGGCGAGUUGCCCAGGCUUCGGAGGCGAGACCGAGACGCGGCGGAGAUGCGGGGGGUGCGGGGCGUAGGCGGCGCCCUUUAUCGGGAAGCAGCGGAUCAAAGAGCAGACGAGGAAGUUUGGGCAGGGCGCGAGAGACCGAGGACAGUUCCGCGAACGCGACGAUGUGGGGAUGGACGUUUGCGGUGAGUGUCGCCAACCGCGCCGAGGUUCUGCAACACUAUACGAAUCUCCCCGCGGCCGCGUUCCCUUCGCCUGCAGCCGGUCAGGCGCUGCGUGACGGGUUUUCUCGACUUCUCGACUCGCCGCCGUCUCCAGUGGCCGACGUGAGAGAGGACGGGGACAAAAGAGACGGUGGUGUGGGGGUUUCAAACGUUGGCAGGAGGAGGACGCCUCGGAGGAAGAGCCAUCGAAGAGAAGCGAAAGCCUUCUUCUCGCUGCAAGCUUCCCUCUUCCUUGACGUCUUCCAGCCGACCGUCGACCUCUCCUUCCUUCGAUGGCUUCUCGAAGAUGUGGGCAGACACCCAGAAGUCCGGGCAGAAGCUGCCAAGUGCGGCAGAGACUUCAGCCUCCCGAAAGAAGAGACCGAGAAGGAACACGAGAGAGAAGAAGACGCAGAAGGUGCAGCGACGCUUGCGGGACGAGGGCCUACCUUGGAGAGAGACGAGUUCGCAUACGGAGGGGAAGAGCGCGAGGCGAGGACGACAGCGGCAAAAAGCAGAAGACGUCAAGAAGGACAGCUGGACAGCGAUGCUGAAGGGAGAGAAGAAAGAGUGAAAGCAAGUCUGAGGUGCCUCCUCGAAAGCGUCUACCACCCGAACAUCCUGCAAGCGCUUGUCGGACUCGCUGGCACAUGCGCGACUCUCGAAGGCUGCGGUCCCUCCUUCCAGCCUGCUGCUGUCUUCCUCAUCAAACGCUUUGCCCAGCUCGCGCCGUGGCUUCAAGGCCGUCCGUUGCCCACCCGUGGACGCCCGCAAGAGUUGACGAAAAGGAGCUGUGCCUCGUCGCCUCCUCCCAGCGUUCACACUUCUCUUCCGGCCUGUGUGGGUCCCUCUGACGAUCCGCUCUCGUCGCCGUUCUUCUUGUGCUCUCACUCUUCUUCGCCUUCGGCUGCCUGCACUGUGAAGCAUCCGGAGGACUCCCGAGACAGCGGUGGCCUGGGAGCAGGCAACGGAACCCCAGCGUCGUUCGUGCUUUCUUCUCCGUUUUCAGGCCUGUCCUCGAGGUCGGAGGCUCCACGCUCUCGAGUCGCGUCGCCUGCCUCAUCGCUGUACGUGUCUUCAAACACAGAAGAGGUUUCCGGGACUUCUCUCUCGACCUCAUCUCUCGCCGUCUCGCCGAAGGCGGUCGACGACGGCUGUUCGACUCGAGCCGCAAGAGCGGACCUGGACAGUGCAGGCUCUUCUUCUCUCGCGUUUGCGUCUAUGUCGGAAGAGAGAGAUUUUCAGAACUCUGCAGAGAGAAAGGAGGAACAUCUAGAGGAUGAGGCCGCUGCGAGGAUCGGUCGCAUGCGGUUUUUCUUCCUUCUUCUCUUCACAGAAAUAGCAGCUCAAAUUCGGGUGCCCCGCGUCGCCGAUUGCGUCUUCAAGAGCGGCGGUGAGACCACGCUGUCCGCCAGCUCCCUGGAAAUAGCAGACGCAGUUUCUGAUCCGUCUCUUUCUUCUACUCUGCCUUCUAGACCUCGGCCUCUCCGACCCUCGCAGAAUAUUAUUCUCCCGCCUCUAGUGGAGUACGUCGGUCAAGUCCUGGCGCUUUUGUUCGAUGCUUGCAAGUGUGCCUACGACUGUGCGUGUCGGCCUCAAGCUUGUGAGGCUCGCUGGCGGGCGGCGGCUCUGCAAGCGGCCUCAAGAGGUCGCGCAGUUCGCAGUGAAGACUUGGAGACAGAGAGAGAAGAAAGGAGACACCAAACGAUCCCUUCGCGCUUCGACGCGACCUCCUGGCCAAGCUGCUGUUCCCCUUUCUUUGCUCUCGAAGGCGAAGCGUCCUACAUCAACAGUGCCUCCGAGCCUCCGCAGAUGGGGUCUGCGGCUCUUGGGAGUCGUCUGGUCUCUCACUCGCGCUUUCAGUCUCCAGACAGCCUCGAAAGAGAGUCUGGCCGUUUCGUUUUCCCUCGAUGUCCAGAGAGUUGUAACGUUCCACGGCCUCUCAGCUGUCCUUGUUUCCUCUCUCGACAACAGACCUCGAAGCCCAACUGUCGUUCUUCCCCCCAACCUGCCCUCCCCUCUUCUUCUCUCGCUUCUUCGUCUCCCUCGCCUUCGCCCUAUGCCGUGUCUCUGGUCUCCCGCCAGUCGACGCGCGCUGUGUGUGGCUGCUCGAGUCUUCCUCCGGACCUGCCGGGCGUCCUAUCUGAAGGGUCUGUCUCUCUGCCUGUUUGUGGAGGCAAGUGCAUGCAGUCGUCUUUCUGUUCCCCACACUCCAGCUGUCUUUCUGACGGCAGCUUCUCUCUUUCGUUCCCUCCUUCUCGGGUGCCCAUUCACGGCCACGACCUUUCUGUGGGGCUUCCUGGAUUUUGCGUCGAGCGGGCAGUCAAGGACUUUCUUCUGCACUGUCGCGUUCUCCAGGAUUUACGAAGCCUAGAGGGGACGUUUCCAGCCGCGCAUGCAAUCCCCGCCGCUUUCUUCGUCUUCGAAUUCCUGCAGCGCCUCGCCGCCCUCCGAGCGGUAGAGCGCAGCCGCCAGGGCGACGAGGCCGUCUGCUCGAAUCCGAGGCUUUCCAGUCUGGAGGAAGACAGAGGAAGACGACUUGAGGUCGGCGACACCGCGGGGGACUCUUGGCGACGAGGUGGUGCAGAAACCAGCAAAGCACCGGAACGAACUCCGGUUCGAGUGGGCGCCUUUUGGAACGAGCAGCUUCGCUUGGAUGGCCAGCGGUGCCGGGGCUCUCCUGGAGAGAAGGGAGUCGAUCGCUGUGAAAUCGACUUCUGGAAGUUCCUUCCUCUCCUCGAUGAUGCCUGUCGACAAAUGCUUCUGCCUCAGCACCUGGAUCUGCGCAGGGAACUCUUCCCGCUUGUCUCACGCCUCUGCAAGACUCGCAGGCAAAUCGCUUCUGAGCUCGACGCCCUUCCGAGGGUCGAAACCGCGCGCGACGGACGGUUUUCGAGAGACACACGAAGCGGCGAAACGGAUUCCUGGACGCGGGCAACGAGAAUCCUGAGAGCCACAGAGGCUGAACGGAGACAACUCGCGCCAACGCAGGAGCGGCCAGACACCUGCAAUCGAGGCCAGUCAGACGGACAAGGGCGGUGCCCCUUCAUCCCGUCGUCUUCGUCAUUCUCGCCGGCCUCGGCUGUCUGUGAACGAGAAAGAGAAACCGAAGCAGACUCGAUGGUAGAACAGGAGCAACGAGAAUAUCUUGAGGGACGGCAGGGCGCUGAGGGGCUUUGCCGUCGUGGCGUCUCCCGAGAAGAAGAGGAGUUUGCGGUGGAUGGCGACUCCCGAGCAGAGCUCGGUAGCGUCUCUGGUCAACGUGGAAGCGAAGCACGAACUCAGUUCUCUGAGAGGCGGAAUCCGCCCCACACAAGAAGCGAGUCGCCGCGCCUGGGUCGAGAGACCGGAGCGACACCACCGUCUGGUCUCUUCGCGCCUCCUCGCUUGCUCCGUGCAGAAUUCAACGCCGCAGGAAGAAGUGGAGAAACGGAGAGUACUCGAAUGUUUCAGAGGAGACAAACGCCUCCACGUGGAAGCGAGGAGACGUACACGCCGCUGCUGCUGACGUCGCCUCUUCAGCUGAGUCUCGCCACUCACUCUUUCCAGUCGCACAAACCGUACAAGGUAGCCUUGUCUGCGUCCUCCUUCGCCCUGCCUUUGCGUUCCGAGUUCGCGUCUCCGUCGACUGGCAUCGACGCGAUGGAGGCUCUUCUCGCCCCGCUGCGCCUGGACGCAGGCGGGAGCCGCGACGAGAUCAGAGCCUUCUCAGGCAAGCAGGCGAGAGAAAGUGGAAACGCCGGCGAGAGGAAGGAAACGCGAGAAACGCGUCUGCCGAGAUCUUGUUCUUCGCGAGUCUCUCCUGUCUCGCAAGGGCCAGACGUCCCCGUCUUCUCCCCGCUUGUCGUUCGGCUGCAUGCGAGCGAGCUGCAGAGACGACUGUGUCUCCGACAAGAAGCGAAGUGGCAGAAGCGCAGCGAGGCUUCUGCGUUGGGCGUCGUGUGUGUCUCUUCUGUCUCUGAUCUGAGUCCUCUGCUUUCUUCGUAUGCUCUUCCGGAGGCGAGAGAUCCCAUACAAGCGCCCUUGUCGGUUUCUGAAGAACGCCAAGGCCCACAUGUUCGCGACUCUGGAGACGCAGGACUUGAACCGCGUGGAGAGGCGGCAGAGACAGAGUCGCGAGCUUCGCUGAUUGGGGAAGGAUCGGUUGAGUUGCUGAGAGAUCUCGCUUUGUGUUUCGAUGCUGAUGUUCGAACCGUGCCGCUCUCGCCGUACGCGUCUGGGGCCGUUGUCGGUUUCUGUAGUUCCCCUGAACAGUUGGCGCCGGGAGAUCUCCUCACUGUGUAUGCGCAGUGCCGAGACUCUGUUUUUGGAAGUCCACCCAAUCUCGGCUCGCCUUCGCCUUGGGUACCAGUCAUUGAGAUGAGCAACUACCACACCGACUGUCUCUGGUUCGCGGGCGACUACUCGCCCUCGUUUUCGCCUCAUCUGUUCUUCCCGGCGGGGGCCCCGAGCCUCUCCCGCGAGGCAAGCCACGCAAGAGGCGACCGUUCAACAGUGACGAGAAGAGACAGAUCUCCAGACAGAGGUCAACAGAGAGGAGGAGAAAGACAUCAAGGAAGCGUUCUAGAGAGAGGUGAAGAAAGAGAUGGUGAACGAGACCGAGGGACAGGGUUCUUCGCUCUGGGGUCUCUGGCUGCAGCUGUCCGGCUCGGAUUACUGGACGCGACAGAGGCGGCGGUUUUCUGUCCAGAUGCGGCCUUGAGCGAAAUCGGGGAGAUACAACAGGAAGAAGAAAGGCGCGAUGCGGGCAAACGUCACGGGUCUUCUUUCUUCUUCAAAGAUCUUCACAAGCAGCGGUCUAGGCCCUCGGACUCAGGGAAGGCUGCUCUCGCGCUUGCCGCAGCCGCUGGUGCCUCGGCUCUUCAAACGAAGAUGCUUGACGGUUUUCCGGAGGAAGAAAAGAAGCUGCGAGGAGACCCAAAACAGGCUGCUCUUCUGGCCACUCCGCAGUUCCCUUUUUCUCGCCCGGCCUCCUUCCUGUGGCGUCUACCCCCCUCUCUCGCAGUCUCUUCUUGCGCCGAGAAUGCGAAAUCGAAGAAUGUGACAACGUGUCUCAGUCUCGACAACCGAGACGCAAACCAUGACUCUCUCACAGAUGCCACCGUCGAUCCGCACAGCCGCGACACAGACUCAAGGCCUGCGUCAGGCACAGAGAAAAAACCUGCUUCUUCGCAGCCUUCUCUCGCGUCUUUGCCGCCUCACACCCCGACCUCGCUGGCGACCUCUGCUGGACGGCCUCAGCAGUCGGGUCACCUCUCUCGUCCUCGAUCUUCUUCAUGUUCGGCUCUCUCGUCUACCUUGCUCGCGGUUCGUCUUCCUGGGCGGGCGAGUAGGGCACCCCACCCGCCUUUGCCGCCAGGGUACCAGCGCCGCAACAGCGGUUUCGCGCCUCUAGGCGGGCCUGGAGGCCCCGCAGGCCUCGUUUCGCGCCCAACGCGCCGGCGGACUUUCUCGGGGACGUGUGUGGGGCGCGGCGGAAGUGCAAGCAGUUUUGUGGGGACUCUGGGUGGCUCGCUUUCCUCUCUGCCGACGACGGGGAGACGGUCGAGCUACUGUGCGAGCUCGGCGCCGCUGCUCAGCGCCGCUUCUCUCCCCUCCCACCGGACGCUUGAGAGAGGCCCGGCGGAGCGCCAAAGAGACAGUUCGGCGGGUGACAUGGGGCGACGUAGUGGCGUUUUCCUGGAGCAUUGGGCUCCGAGUCGCGACAGGCGAGACCGAACAACAGACACGCGUGAGGAAGGAGAGAGGAUGGUUGGCGAGGGCAUAGUGCUCCAAGAGGACUCGAUAGGCAGAGAGCGGCGUUUCUCCUCUUCUUUGGUGCGUGAAGCACAGGACAUUCAUGCAGAUUCAUCUGCUUCUCUGUAUUCGUCGGAUUCGGCUUUCUCUUCGUCUGCGACUCCUUCUCUCUCGCCGUUUGAAUCUUCAGCUGCUUCGGCGGUCCUUCCUGGUGUGGGAGACAGUGCGGGUCCUGGCAUGCGUCGCACGAACGCUGCACGCAAACCACCAGACGCUUCGCAGUCUCUUGGGUCUCCACAGACUCUUGAAACUGUGGCUGGCCUUUCUCGCGUGAUGCCUCUGGGGAGCGGAGCUUUCAGCAACUCGUCGGAGGCCAUAAGCCUCACCCAGACUGAAGCCGCCAGUGUCGCCUGUGGCGCCGCGCCGUCGCCGUGUUUUCCCGGUGAACCUCACAGCAGCAGCGUCCCGGACAUUUCGUCAGGUCAGGACCUUUGCGACCUGUCUGUGGCCUCGUCUUCUCUCGCUCGUCCUUCGCCUCUUCCUUCUCUUUCAUCUCCUCUUCCGUCGCUGCCUGCUGAAGCUGGCGAGAGUCAGAGAGAAGCGGCCGGUGGGAUGGACGACGAGGCGCAAGGGAUGCGGGGAGAGGAACGCGUCAGUGCGAGUGAAGCUAUUCACUUGGUGUCUGGCGCUCUGAUUCCUCGUGACGAAUUUCUCAGAUCUGGAGGCUGGCGCGUCGAGUUCACAGUGGGGUGGCGACAAAACGCAAGAAAUCAGCCUCUCCUGGCGCCAGACGAAGGGGGGGCUCCCGCGCUGCCGAGACCCAGAGAGGCGAGCGACGCGGAAGGCGAAGAAAGCCAACGAGAAGAAGACGUUCGUGGGUGGCACUCUGGGCCUGAGUUUGGCUGGGUGCCUCUGACGCACGAGGUGUCUCCGGAAGAACAAGCAGUCGACGAUUUGCUCGCAAAGUUAUUGGAAGCAAAAGAGACGGAGGCGGGCGUGAAGGUCGGCGAGCAGAGACAGGCGGACGCGGGGCUUCAAAGCGCCGAAACGCAUGAAGAACACAGAAAAGACAGAAGGGACAGACAGACCCCUGCAGCUGUCGGAGAGCCUAUGUGUGCAGGAAAGAGUGCGUCUGCCAAGGAUUCCGAGUCGCGUCAAGCGACCCAGGGACGCCCGUGGUCUUCUCGGUCUUCUCACGCUUUGCCGCCUUCCAUCAAAAUUGCGCCUCCCAGCUCCCGUUAUUUCUGGCUGUCGUGUUCGACUCAGGUCCUCAGCGGCUCGGGGGUUGUCUCUCUGUCCCCGAGGCGAGGCCGAGAAGGUCCCGGGACCUCGCCAAGACCCCAGGGAGAGAGCGACAAGACUCUCUCGCUUCAGCCCCAGUCGCCGCGUGCAGCAGACGCUGCGUCUUCCGUCUCUCUUCUCCAUGACGCGCCUGCCUCUUCUUUCGUUUCCCCCUCUUCCGUGGCGGCAGCUGCAGCGGGUGGGGAGGACGCGGGGAAGACCCUGCCGCGCCUCGCCUGCGGCAGUGGAGUCCCAGGCGAGGGCGGAGAAGGCGGCGACGGAGACGCGCAGGAGCCAUGCGAGUCUUCUCGCCUGGUUCUCGGCCCCUCUGAGUUCCUCAGUCACCCUCUGAUUCCUGAUCCCCCCAUUUACCAACGAGCGUUUGCUUUAGCCGAGCAUCUGAAACGAAGCUACCCUCCUGAAAGCUUCAUCCCUCCUUGCUAUCGUGUCCUGCCUUCUCCCGGAACGCUCCGUCCUUCGCCUUCUGCGGCACAACGCCCCGGUGCCUCCAGCCUCUCCUCCUGCCCCAGCUCCCUCUGCCCUUCGUCCGUCUCUUCUGCCAGCGCUUCCUUCUCGGCGCUGUCGUCGGAGUCUGCGAGUUCGUCUGUUCUGAGUGUGCAUCCAGUGGCGGCUCGGGAGCGGAGCGUCCCGACUUUUACGCGUUUGAUGUCUCGCGUGCAUGCGCGUCACGAGCAAGUGCGUCAAACGCAGGUCGACGAAGUUCGAGGCGUCUGGUGUGUGAGUCUGCAAGACAGGCAGAAGAUCUAUGACGCGGUCGUCGCAGGCGACUGGGGAGAUGCCCACGCAUCGAGCCUCUUGUCGCAUGUGGAGGGACCGGCGGGCUCGGGGCACUCGGCUCGGUCCGGCGUCUCGGGUGAGGGAGAGAGACGCGAGUCAGAGGCCCCCGAGAAGCCUGAGGGGAGACGCUGGGGAGACGGAGAUUCGGUGGAACCCAGGCAUGAAGAUGACGGACAGUUCCCUCUCCCUGCCUUCGCUUCUCUUCUCGAGAGACGCACUCCAAAAGACUUUCUGGCUCGCGCAAAGGCUCUGUGUAGUGCCCCGACCAGGCAUUUUCGCCGUGAGAGAGAGAGCUGUGAAGAUUCUCCUUCCCUCCAGUCGCCGCUACGCGCAUCCGCCGCGAGACGCGUCACGCAGAACGCCGGAGGAGACUCAGAGACACCGGAGGUUGAAGUCCGAGCGCUUCCGGACUCCGUGAGCAGCUCGGGACCGACAGGCGACAGUUGGGAGACUCACAGAGACCAGGGUGGGGUCGAGGAAAGUGGAGAAAACUCCAGUCACGGAGGGAGGGAGCGGGACGCUCCCUCGUUGCCUCUUGCAGACACUUUGGGCUUGCCUGUGCGUGCCUUUGUGGGGAGUCCUGGACGUUCGCCUUCGGAGGGUCACCAGGAGACAGGUCCGGUCGGGCAGGGAGACACGGCCCAGGGAGGAGACCGGGCUGUGGACGACGAGCGAGAGGCAUUCGGCGAAGAUGGCAAGAGGGGACGCAUGGGGAGUCAGAGACAAGACCCAGCGAGACGAAAGAGCGAAUUCCAGACGGAGGGAAGAAACGAGUUGCGUAGCGUAGUUGAGAAGCAUUUCCUUGUAAGAGAGAAAGAGCAGUUCGAUGGUAAAGGGUCGUAUCUCCGAACCAGCAAAGUCACCAUGGAGCUCCUCUUCUCCCCUGAUGUCGAUCGGAUUCGCGAUCUGCAUGCAGCUUUGACCGACCUCAAAACUGCCAUCGUUGAGGCAGAAACGCUUCUCUCCUCUUCUUUUUCUCCAUGUUCCUGUUCUCCCGAGUGCUCCUCUUCUUCGUCUCGUUCCUCUCGCUCUCUGUGUUCUGCGCGUUCUUCGUUUUCUGCUGAGGCGAGAGAGGCCAUGGCAGCACGGGUGGCGCGUCUAGUGAAGCGAGUGAAGAUGCUUCAGCAGCCAGGCGCCCGCGACGAGGUGCGUUGCUCGUUUGCUGUCCAUCCCGCGGACUCUGACUCGCGAGCCAAGUCGAAUGAGGAGACUUCAAGUGAAUCCCCGAGUGUGGCAUGGACCGUUGGCAGUCUGAAAUCGCUUCUCGGCGCAGGCCGCGGCGUUGCCCUUUGUCCCGCCGUCAAAUUCGGACCCUGCGUGACUGUGGUGCAAGUGACGCGAGUGGAGCAUCCGCGACCGGCGCCGCGUACGCUGUGUCUGAUGAACAGUCCAGCGGCUCUGAUCUCGAAUUGUUCCUCUCUGAAAAUCUGUCUCUCGCGAAGUCCGUACCCCACACACCGCGAUUGGCAGCUCCUCAACGCGCUCCCGGCAGACGCCUUCCUCGAUGCCUUCGCGCCCCGCCGGGUCCGCCUGGUGUUGGAGGGACGACGUGGGGAGGCUUUGACUGCAUGCGGCGAGUCGACAAAUUCGUUGCGGCGCUCUGUGCCUGCAAACUCCGUCGGAAAAGCAGCAGAGCGGCGAGACAGAACCCCCCUGAAGGAAACGCGUCAGUCGCCGCCGGACGCCUCACGGACUCGCGCGCUGCAGACAGCGAGCGACACCGAAGAACGCGAAAGGAGAGAAGAAAGAGACGAAAAGCAGAGGGAAGACAGAGGGUCGAAGGCGGCGAGGGACGCGGAAGCGGCAGGCGGGCAUGAGGAGGAAAACAGUUCAGGGACUUCCCCAGAGACUGAAGAGCCGUGUGUUGAAGCGGACGGAAGAGACACCGAGACAAGCCGCGAAAGAAAAGGUUGGAGACGCCAGCGUCGAGGGGCUCUGGAUGAAGAAACGUCCUCGAUCGUUUCAGUCACCGCAGGCGUGACAACUGACAGCUCGCGAGGUGUGACCAUAGGGCAGAGUUCGGAGGACUUGCAGUGGAUAGAACAAGGGGAAAGGGAGGAAUUGGGUGCAUGCAUCGAGCUUGAAAAGGCCCAAGAAAAACCACAAAGCGAGACAAGCCUCACAGAAGCAGUCUGUGACCCCACGCCUGGCCGUCGAAGUGUUGUCGAGCCUCAGCUCUCCUCGUCGUCUGUGGAGUCUUCCUCGUCGAGAGGCGAUCCCUCGUUUUCUAUUUCUCCUCAGAUAGACGGGAUUCGAGAUGCAGGCCGGCAAGCAGACCUGGAGAGACACGAUAGGAGCGUCUUUUCUUCUGAACGCGACGUUUCUGGCACACAGAUUGCGGAUCGCCUUCGGUGUUUCUUUGCUCCCUUCCCCGCACUGCUCUGCUUUCCAAGAUGUACCUCGAGACGCCAAGAUCGUUCCGCAGAAGGCGCCGCGCUCGAGCCUUCCCGGGUCUCCCCUCCGCCUCCCAGACGCGUUUCUCCAGAUUCCUCGUCAUGCAGGCUUGACCCCCCCAGUGCAGAGGUUGGCGACACGGCGCAGGAGCCGGCAGUUCUUCCUGGGACUGUCCAGACUGGAAACGCCGUGGCGGCCGAGGUUUCGACGGGGCGAACUGAACUGGCGGAAGAGGCGGCCGAUUUGCGGUCUCCGGUCGUUCUUUCGGAGAGGCGAGAACGCCUGUUUGAAGAAGGCGCUUCCACGUCGCAGGCGGCAGGUUUCGGUCCCUGCCGUCUCCCCUCUCCUGCCACGGGUCUCUGCCCUGCUGUGGGGUUCGACGACGCAAACGCCCACCCUGGGGCUUUGCAUGCGUCUUUCGAGGAGAUGGGAGACGGCAGCUCGUGCGGCGGCUCGUCGUGGAACCGCAUCCUCUUCGAGCAAGAGCCAGGCCUCAGCUACAUUGGACCGCCGCAGCCGUGGUCGCGAGUCCCGGACUGCGUCACAGGAGUCGCCGCCGGAGGCUCAGCGUUCCGUCGCGUUGCCAAGCGUGAGCGCGAGAGAGUGGAGGUGCCAGAGCGCUACGACGGCUGGCGUCUCCUCGUCCGUCAGGUGAUUCCUGAAGAGUUUCAGGUGAAGGCAGCUCUGGCAUGCGAAGAAGCAGUGGCGAGCGAACUAUCGGAGACUGCAGCCCAUCUGGCGAAUCUUCUUUCGCCUGCAACGGCAAACGGCAGAGGGCGACCCCACAAAGGGCCCAGGCAGGGGCGCGGCUCUUUGGAGCGAGCGACGCAAAGCAGAGAGAAGUCGCGAGUUUCCAUCGCGCCCCAGGAGACGGGAGGCGAGCUCGAGAUGCCGAGGGAAGGAGGAGAAGGAAGAGACAGACAUGCGGUGGGCGAGAGCGCGAACAACGCGGGCUCGCCUUCAGGAGUUGUCGAUGGAGAAGUGAAGGGAGACAGGCAAGACGCGAGUAUUAGAAGAGGCGCAAAGAACGAGUCGUGUGUUAGGGAUCGCGUAGGAAGAUCUCCAAUCCGAGAAAUAGACAGCAAUGGUUCCCUUGUUCUCCCGGUCACCCCCGAGUCGCCGCCUUCGUCUCAGGCUGCCGCGGUUUCUGCCGCAUCUGGGGGUGCCUCCGACCAUCCAGUAUUUCCUGGAUGUCUCCUAGCUGGACCCGCUCAAGCUCCAGAUCGAGGCGUCAGCAGUCCCGAGACUCUGCCACGUUCACCUGACUUCUGCUCGGCUGCUUCGUCUGGUGCGCCAGAGGUGAGCAGACCCUCAGGGCGCGAGUGGGGUGUCGCGGAGGAGAUGCUUGCGUCGUCUCAACUGUCUGUUUCCUCUCACUCCCCAGCUUCUCAAGUUCCUCGUCCUUCUGCCUCAGUGGCCUCGGCUUCUUCUUCUCCUGCAAGCCCAGAGACCGGCUGUCUCCUGGGCCUUGUCCCUGUGGGAGGCGUGCUGUCCCCCGACGCCGUGGAGAGGAGCUUUUCCGAUCAAUGCCUCCGCGGGUCUGACUCUGUGAGGGAGCGUUGUCAAGCGGGAGAGACGUCGCUUUCGUUCCGAAGUGCAGAGAGCCUUGCAGCGCCUGCUCUGUCUCCAGCGCCCCUCGCGUUCUCCCCAUCGGUUCUCGCCUCUGUGGGAUCUGGAGGGCCGCAUGCAGCAUCCCGUGUCUCGGGCAGCCAAUGGGGACAGCUGUCGCGAGUGGAGAGGCGACCGAGACCUCGCAAGGUCUUUCAGGAGGCUCUGCGUCGUGCGCUUCUUCCGAUGCGUCUCGAGGGCCUUCUCCGAGAUCUGGAGGUUCGACUUGGUGUCCAGGGAGAGCCGUGGCCAGACGCCCUUCUUCUGCGUCUCAUUGACAUCACAGUCAAGGCGAACGAGUCUCUGCGUGAUGCGAAGACAGGCCCUGAGAUUCGCCCUCUGACUCCGCUUCUCCUGCCUCUUCCAGGCUCCGCUAGGCGCAGAGAGAGGGAGCGAGAACAACGGUUCCGUACUACAGGGUUUGACCUCACACGCACCGCUGGGGAAGACAACCACUGGUGUCUGCAGGACGAAAACGCAGAGAAACGUGACUCUGCAGAGCAGGAGAGAAGCAUUCGAUUCGAGCACGACGAAGACGACAGAAGGCCCUUCGCCCCUUCCAAUGGUUCUGGUCCUGACCCGCACACAGUUCUUCUCUCCGACUCUCCUUUCUCUCGUGGUUCGUAUGCCAAUCCCUCUUCGCUGCCCUGCAGCACAGCAGAGCCUUCGCCGGCUGCGUCGCACUCCGACGCGUGCAGUUCGCAAACUCCCGACGGAUCCUCGCCUGCCUUGCCGCUCCCGCCUCGAGACUUUUUCGCGGACCUUCCUUCGUCUCCGGACACAGCGCUGCUUGACGUCAGUCCGCAUGCGUUCGUCGUCCGGCCAUUCCAGGUGGCGACGUCUCUCGAUGGGGCCUUGCGAGUCUCCGCCCUCGACGUCUGGACCUGGCACUUGCCCUUCUUUCCGGACUUGAGUCCCGACGCGGUCGCGGCAUGGCUCCUUCGCGCUCAAAAGGCCCAAGUCUGUCGCGCGACUCAGCGGGGGAAGGCGACUGGCGAUGCCCGAACUCGAGGCCGACAAGGCUCUGAAGGCCGCUCCGGAGCAGAUGCAGAGAGCGGCGAGCCGGCAGGAGAGGAAGCGCCGAGCUCGCGGGCUGGCGAAAGACAGCUGAGGGUCUUCCCUGGGGGCUCUGGGGGCCUUCGAGGCCUCCACGGAGACGGCUUCGAGUCCUCGGAAGAGAGUUUGCAUGCAGCGACUUCUCCGAGGUUUUUGCGGCAUGCGCCUUCUCUUGAUUCGUCCGAAGAUUCGCCGCAUUAUGACUUCGAUUCGGACUACGGGGUUGACGGCGGAGCCAUGACCGAAGGCGGGGAGAACGAUGGGUCUGUCUUUUGGGACGACGGAGACGCGGAAGGUGAGAGGUCUUGGCCGAGGGGCCGUGAGCCGAGCUUCGGAGAUCCGGAAACUUAUGACACAGAAGAGGCGCAUACAGUUGAGGGGUUCAGCAACAGCGUCAACCGCAGCUGGGAUAUCGACGAAGGCUUUGAGGUCCCUCACCCCCGCGAGGAAGAGGGUCAGGAACAUGUCUUCGUUUUUCAGGACGGCGGAAUGAGCCUGGCAUCUUCCUCAGAGUCUCCGGGGGCCUCCGGCCGCGCGGGAGAUGGCGAGACGUCGUCCCUGCCGGGCGCCGCGCUUCCGCCGGCCCCUGGGGCUCCACGCGGUGCAUCGAGCGCGGGUGAGAGCGACGACGGCAGCAGUGCCGAAGAGGCGGACGAUUUGCAAGACGCAGUUGGAGAAGAGGGGGAGGCGCUGCACCCGAACGCGACGGCUUCUUUGUCAAGAACCGCCUCCGGUGCCUCAGAUGUCUUCACGCGAGGGUACGUCGCCGGGGUCGACCGACUCGCUGAGGAGCUUUGGACGCUCUACGAACUCCUCGUCUUCCGCGAGUGUGUUAAGAGAGUGAAGAAUGCCGAGAGAGCAAAGAGGGAGGAACGAGAGAGGAGGGCGAAGCGGCGUCCAACCCAGAGAGCAGAGGGCCUUCGGAAGACGCACAAACAAACACCGUGUGGAGACUCAAGCCGUAGAUCGUGCGCAGCCCCUGCAAGCUCCGCCUCUGCCUCAAUCGCCGCGGUGCGGUCGCAAGGCGCGAGGCGUCAGAGACAGAGAGAGCCAAGAGAAAUGGAGAGACGAAGCACAGCGGCAGAAGCAGGAGAAGGCAGUGAAAGAGCACAAGUUGAAGCAAGAGAAGAAAUUGAAGAAAGAGAGCAAGGAAGGGAGGGAGGAGGUCGUCGACGCAGCCGAAGACAGGACACGGGGCACUGUCAUGCCUCAUCCUCUUUCCCGUACUACGAAGGCAUUCUCGCUGUCAUUGAGGAAGACGAGGCGAGUGCACUCUUUGACCAAUCAAAGUCGCUGCGCGCAGGGUGCGAAGCCGACGGGGAGAAUGAGGAGGGAGGCUCAGAAGCGAUCUCACAAGGAGAACGAAAAGAAGACGGUCUCUCGAGACGGGGCGCCAAGCCUUUCCUCACAGGCUCCUCGCCCAUCUACACUGCUGUGGCGUCUCCGCUAGUCGAACUUCCCUCUUUCUGUUCUCCGCUCCUUUACCAAGUUCUCUACGAAAUUCUUCUUCUCUUUCUUCGCCUCGGUCUGGCGCGAUGCGUCGCCAGGGGCUCCUCUUCCUCAGCUGAUCUUCUUCGCUAUUGGCCCCCGACAGUGGGGGACAUCAGAGCCGCUCUGCAGCUCAGGCUCAGGUAUCUCCACCAAGUCAAUGUCUCUUUCCUCUUUCUCUCUCCGUUCCUCCCCACAAUCCCGCCGCCGCACCCCUACACGUAUGCCGAGCGCCACGAAGUUCAUCUGGGCCUCGCCGCGUCGGCUGUCUCCUCGAGAGGAGACACUGCAGAGCGAGAGGAGGGCGGCGCGACGACUGGCGCUCGGAGACGGGGGUUCAGGCUCAAACACCCGCGCAACUCGGUCGCGUUCGCGUGGCUUCCAACUGGUGCACCGGCUCGAGAGGACCUUCCCGGCGCCGCGACGACUGAGGGCUUGCGAGCGCGCGCGGCGUGGGGCCUUCGCACCCUUCCGCCCGUCUCCUGGAGGCCCAGAAAAGAAGCGGCUCGCAGGCCGAGAACCCCGGGAGGUGCACGCACAUGCAACCGAGACACAGACGAAAACCUAUCUUUUCAGAAAGAAGGAAGGAAACGUUCUCUAAAUCAAAACUGUGUCCGCGGUACGCCUGGAUCGGCUUCUCUCGCCGGGAUUCCUGCCUUUUCUUCUUCGCUGUGGGGUCGUAGGGAAAGCGAGGCGUCCCUCGAAGAUCGAGACAAGGUCUUAGUCGCAUUGGCGGGGACGAAGUCGCUUCUUCUCCCCGCUGUGAAGAACUUUCUUUUCCGGGCCUCGACGAUCUACCGCGUCCACGCCGUCCGCCAACAAAUUCUGCGUCUCCCCGGCUUCUCGUACGCCUUUCGAGAGCCGGACAGGCCUCGGCAGGCCCUCGCGACCGUUUCGCUGUCACCCUCCUUCUCUGCUCUUCUCCCUGCCAGCCACGGAUUCUGCGCAACUCAGCCCCAGCUCGCCUCAGAGUUCCCCAGCCUCUCGCCUGCGGGAGUGGCGCAAACCGCGCCACGGAUGUCCCUCGCGUGGGAAGCGACCGUCAGUUUGGUGCGCCUGCAUGCGCCGUUGGAGGCUCUCUGCGUUUUGUCUCCUUCCCGGCAGCCCAGGUCUCUUCUCGCGGAAGGGAGAAGCGGGUCGAGUGCGACGCUGGUCGUCGACGUGGCGGCGCCUCUGCCGGAGUCCUGGGGCAACGUGGGAGCUGCGGCGGUGCUGCUGGACCGAAUCGCGGCGCGCCAACCGGAGACGGCGGCGGCGUCUUCUGUCUCGCUCUCGCAGACUCUGCCAGGAGUACGUACACCCGGGAGUGGCGGCGAGGGUGCAGGCGCGGAGGCCAGGGGGCUGGACGCUGGGGACGGGAGGUUGUUUGCGGAGGCGCGGUUCGCGAAAAGUUUGACUGGACAGCUGGCGCGGCAGCUGCAGCACGUGGAGACGCUGAAACUGGUGGCGCGUGAGCGCGCGUUCGUCGUGCAGUUGCGCGGUGAAGGAGCGCAAGACCUCGGCGGGCCGUACGCAGAGAUUCUGAGCAAUCUGUGCGACGACUUAGUCAGCCAGCGACUCGUCGUCGAGUGCCCCAACGCCCGCAACUCGGUCGGAAACAACCGCGACGUCGCGAUCCUCAAUCCGCAUGUGCGCGAAUUCCUCCUCGGCGCCGACCUCGCCGCGCCCGACUCGGGUGUACAUACACCUCAGCUGCCGGGUGGUUCCCCUGGAAGCGACGCGAGCGACUCGGAACCGUUUGACGAGAACACCGAUGUGUGGCCUAAACGCGGGACAGGGUGUUUCGAGUCGCAUCUGCGUUCUCUCGAAGAAGCAACGGAACUUGUUUCUCUCGGUUGUCAAGGACCUUCGCCGCUCGGUUUUUCCGAUGCGUCCUGUGCCUCCGGCUGGGCUCCGAUAUUGCCGCCUCAGCCGCUGCUGCCUGUCGGCCCUGCGGCGGCCCGAGGCGUCCGGAGCGUAGAAGCUUUGCAGGCGCAAUGGGUCGAGUUUUGUGGUCUCUUUGGCUUCUUCGCGGCUUCGCCCUCUGUCGCCACGCUCUCGGCAGCGACGCCGACGCUCUCCACGACUUCCCGCUCGAGCUCGUCCUCCGCACCGAGUUCUCUCGACGCAGAAGCGCGGGAGACUGAGCGGCGACGCAUGCGAGAGGCGCCGGAUCAUGGGCGACGGUCUGCGACUUGUCUCCUCUCCUCGCUGGGCCAAGGGCUGGCGUCGACCCUCUUUGUGGUUGGGCGUCUCAUGGCGUGUGCUGUCCUGACGCAGAGUCCGUUGAAUCUGUCGCUCUCUCCCGCCCUCUGGAAGCUCCUGCUUUUUCAGCUGCCUUCGCUUCAGGACAUCCAGGCGGUCGAUGUCCUGGCCGCCAAACAGCUGAAGACGUUCCUUGCAUGCGCGGGCCUCACCCAGAGAGAGGGCGGACGCCUCGCGCCAGCUCACGACAAAGGCGCAGACGCCGGAGAAGAAGAAGAGAGUGAAGGAGAACGUGGAGACGUUGAAGGUGGAGAGGCCGGAGAAGGCCGAGAAACAGGUCGUGUGGGGAGACUGGAGAGAGAGAGAGACCAAGCCAUUCUGCAGGCCUUCGCGCAGAACGGAUGGACGUUCGGCGACGCCUUGGGCAGAAAUGUGGAACUUUUCCCUGGAGGUUCACAGCGUCCUGUCGACGAUGCAGAGAUUGCUGAGGCCGUUCAAGCGGCUCUCUUCGCCAAGCUCACAGAAGGGCGAGAGGCAGCGGCCUGGCUAGCCUACGGCCUGUAUGACUUGCUGCCUCUUCCGCAAGUUCAGGCGACGCUGACGGCAGACGAUCUGCGUCAGCUGGUUUGUGGAGAUGACGAUAUUGCAAUUUCUGUCUUGAUGCGGCACUCGAAAGUAACAUGGGACACCAGCGACGCGCGAGAAAGGGCUCUCAUUGACAAUCUGUGGGAGGUCCUCAACGCCUUCACCAAGAAAGAGAAACAAAUGUUCCUUCGGUUCGUCUCGGGCCGUUCAAGACUACCGCGAUCUUGGGUAGCAGGAGACCCUUCUGCCUCUUCACACAAAUUCGAAAUUCAUAUCAUGAGAGACGAAGAAGCUCUGGAAAUCCAAGACGCGUCGCUGCGGUCCGUGCGAGUCGCCGAGCACCAAACAGUGGACGAUCGGCUGCCGACCGCGAGCACAUGUUUCUUCAUGAUUAAGCUGCCGAAAUACUCGAGCAAAGAAGUACUGAGACAGAAGUUGAAGCUGGCCAUCACGUCUUGCGUGGACAUCGACCUCGACGCUCUCCACCACGACUUCGAGUUUGCUCAGUUCGAAUAGCGCACGACCGCCCACAGCCUGCAGAGGAAUCAAACAGCUCCAUACCUGUGGCCAACCCCGUUUCCAGUGUCUACACAUAUAUACGUUCUAUAUCUGUAUGUAUGCAUAUGUAUGUAUAUGGUUAUAUAUAUAUAUAUAUAUAUAUAUACAUUUCUGUGUUUAUGUCUAUUUUGAGGUAUAUACUUGUGUCCUCCUGCCAAGACAGCACGAUGUGUGCCUUGAACUUCAGGAAAGGGGUCGAAGUACAGUCGUGUUUGCUUCUUCGCGUAGACUGAUAGAACUGAGGCACCUCUCUAUUGUCCUGUCGGUAUUUUUCUAGGAAUGAAGCCUUCAGGGGUUCGACAUUUUCCCGCCUGUUUUGGAGGGGCGAGAGAGCGAGCCGAAGCUAUCACGCGUGUAUGCUGGGGUCUUGUUCAUCUAGCAUCUGCGUGGUGCAAAUUUCGGGGUCAACCGUGUUUCCAGGCACUGGUGAGUGGGAGUCUUUCUGUGUUUCUCGUGGCUGUUUGUCGCGUUUCCUGUGGCCUUCCACGAUUUAGUGCGCACAAGACACCCGGGUCCUAAGUGCUUGGACCGUCUGAGAACGCAUGCAGCGAACAGUUUCGGUAAAUAUACAACUCCAUGGCACAUUUGAGAUUUCU